GGAUACAAUAUCGUCGUUGACUGCGCAACUGCGAUAAAUCGUUUCGUGACCAGGAGGGAACAACGAAUCAAACGAAUCUUUCCGUUCCCUUCCCGGUUGCCUUCGUUGAUGGCAACGAGCAGCCAUGGUGAAAAAUGAUGCAUAAGCUUAGGAAACAUUCAUCAAUAUUGGCAAAAAUGAAAAUAUUUUUGCCACUAGUGGUGUGGAUAAUUCUGCUGUUUCGAACGACAAACGCACAGCUCUCCGCGUCGCGCAAGCACGUGGGAAUAUUUGGUUUGAAGCACGAAGUGUUUUUUCUAAACCUGGAAGAUGGCUACUUUGGUUGUCAAGUCAACGAAUCCACAGACUAUUUGCAGCUUUACGAGCUGUCCAAACUUUGUGAUGGUACAUCGGACUGCUACAUGGGCUCCGAUGAACUUAGAAAUAAGUUAAAGUGUACAAAUGAUUGUGAUAAAGAUGGCACAGCUUGCUCGAAUGGUGUGUGUUUAGACGGUCUAUGCCACUGCAAUGAUGGUUUUGGCGGUUGUAACUGCCAAGUUCCGGAUGAAAACGAAUGUAAAUAUCGACCCUGUGACGUUUUCGCCCACUGUACGAACACCCUAGGCAGUUUCACCUGUACGUGCUUUCCUGGCUAUCAAGGCGACGGUCUUCACUGUGAAGAUAUCGACGAGUGCCAGGAUCCAAACAUUGCCCAGCGAUGUGUGGAAAAUGCCGAGUGUUGCAACUUACCAGCGCACUUUGUGUGCAAAUGCAAACCCGGCUUCGAAGGCGACGGUGAAGAACGGUGUGCAGAUAUUAACGAAUGCUUGGAUCCGCAAGCGUGUGGCCUGAACGCGGAAUGUGUCAACCUGCCCGGCAACUACACAUGUCAGUGCCGGGAAGGAUUCUAUGGCGAUCCGUACAACGGGUGUAUCGAUGUGGAUGAGUGCGUUCAGCCCGGCGUUUGCGGACCAGGUGCCAUAUGUACGAACCUUGAGGGUGGUUAUCGCUGCGACUGCCCGCAAGGAUUCGAUGGAGAUGCACGCUCAGCUCAGGGUUGUCUUGAUUACGACGAAUGCGCACGGUCGCCGUGUGGUCGAAAUGCGCUUUGCCGAAACGAAGUGGGUAGUUUCAGGUGCGAAUGUCAACAGGGUUUCUCCGGCGAUCCGAUGACGGACUGUCAAGACGUUGACGAGUGUUCCGGUAAUCCGUGUGCGGAUGGUGCGAUAUGCAUCAAUUCGCCCGGAGGCUAUCGGUGCAAAUGUCCACCAGGAUUGAUGGUAACGGACGACGGCCAGUGUACGGACAUCAACGAAUGUGCCAAAGCUCACGCUUGCGGAGAAAACGCUAAAUGCAUCAACUUUCCCGGAUCCUACAAGUGCUUGUGUCCGCAGGGAUACGAGGGACGCGGUGAAUUGUUCUGCAAAAAUGUAAACGAAUGCCUUGAUAAUCCAUGCGGGGAAAAUGCGAUAUGCACGGACACGGUGGGAAGCUUUAUUUGUUCAUGCAAACCAGAAUACACCGGAGACCCCUUCCGGGGUUGCGUAGAUAUAGACGAAUGCAGUGCAUACGAGAAGCCGUGCGGCGAGCAUGCAAUAUGCGAGAACGCUGCUCCAGGGUAUAAUUGUCUCUGCCCACAAGGAUAUGUGGGUCGACCGAACGCUAAGGUGGCAUGCGAACAGGCUGAUGUAAACGUGCUCUGCACGAGUGCCUUCGACUGUACCAACAACGCGGAAUGUAUCGAGGGUCAGUGUUUCUGUCAGGAUGGGUUUGAACCGCAAGGUUCGGUGUGUGUUGAUAUCGAUGAGUGUCGUAGUGGCGUUGGGUUUGCAAAGGGGCCGAGUGCGAAUGGAGUUUGUGGUCCCUCUGCGGUGUGUGUUAACAUACCCGGUUCCUACCGGUGUGAGUGUGAAGCAGGAUUCAUCGGUACACCACCACGUGUUCCUUGCAAACCACCAUGUGCUGAUGUAAAGUGUGGCAAAAAUGCUUACUGCAAAGCCGAAGGUCAGGAAGCGUUUUGUAUCUGCGAUGAAGGAUGGACGUUCAAUCCUUCUGACAUAGCGGCUGGAUGUGUCGAUAUCGACGAGUGUGACCCGUCACAGGGUCCGAACGGGCGCUGUGGUUUGAACGCGGUGUGCACGAACCAUCCCGGUAGUUACAGCUGCACUUGUCCACCUGGAUUUACGGGAGAAGCAACACGCCAAUGCCAGGACGUUGACGAGUGUGCCAGACCUGGUGCGUGCGGUUUGAAUGCGCUCUGCAAGAACCUCGAGGGUUCGCAUCAGUGCAGUUGUCCUCCCGGGACGAUUGCCGAUCCGGAUCCAAGCGUACGUUGCAUCAGUAUCGUCGCCUGCUCAAAGGAUGCGGAUUGUCCCGGCAAUGCGGUAUGUGAUCAACAAAAGCGCUGCCUUUGUCCGGAACCAAAUGUAGGCAAUGAUUGCCGGCAUCCUUGCGAGAAGGUCACCUGCGGUCCGAACGCUCACUGUAUGCUCGUUCCGGGAAGAGGGGCACAGUGUUUGUGCGCUGAAGGAUAUACUGGCCAGCCCGGUCAGUGUGUAGACAUCAACGAGUGUGGAGCAAACCCGUGCCCGAGUGGAGCUGUGUGUACGAAUCUUCCCGGUGGUUACACUUGCCAGUGUCCUGGAGGAAGUUCGGGCGACCCGUACUCGGGCGGUUGCUCGAAGUCGGCUCUAAAUACCUGUGGUGAAAACAAUCCUUGUCCAGCAGGGGAAAAAUGUAUCUUGGAUGCGUACAGCGGAAACAGUGUGUGUAUCUGCGGUCAAGGCUACAAGCGUGAUGCAAAGGGAAGUUGUCGCGAUGUGGACGAAUGUUCCGACAGCACGAAAGCGGCUUGCGGUGUGAAUGCUCUCUGCAAGAACUUACCGGGAAGCUACGAAUGUCAGUGCCCGGCAGGAUUCAAUGGAAACCCUUAUCAGUCGUGCGACGAAUGUCAUAGUGCCGAAUGUCGCUGUGCGGCUCCAUACAAGCUAAUGGAUGGCAACUGUGUUCUGGACAGUUGUUCACCGGAUGGAAAAUGUCCGGGAGGAGCUGAAUGUAUCUCAAUUACUGGUGGCGUUAGCUACUGUGCCUGUCCCAAAGGAUUCCGUACGCUUCCGAAUGGUCACUGCGAAGAUAUCGACGAGUGUGGCGAAGGGCAGCAGGUGUGUGGUUACGAUGCUAUAUGUCUCAACACAAUCGGAGGCUUUGAAUGCAAAUGUCCGCUUGGGUACUCUGGUGAUCCGUACCAUGGUUUGUGUACGCUCGCACAGAAGCGCUGCGCAGCCGAUCGCGAAUGUGGCGCUAACGAGCGAUGUGUCCAACCGGGCGAAUGUGUUUGUCCGCCACCCUACUACAUGGAUGCGUACGAUGGAAAUCGCUGUAAAAGUCCUUGUGAGCGUUUCCCGUGUGGUAUGAACGCGCGAUGCACUCCUUCCGAUCCGCCACAAUGUAUGUGCGAAAUCGGUUUCAAGGGAGAUCCACUGACCGGAUGCAUCGAUGAAGACGAGUGUGCUAACAGUCCGUGUGCGUACGGUGCGCAAUGCGUGAACCAACGCGGGGGCUACAAAUGCAUCUGUCCACCCGGAAUGGUGGGCGACGCGUACAAAGGAGGUUGCAUUUUAGAGCAAGGUUCAGUUAAGAGCCAAUGUCGGCGAAACGAGGACUGUGCUGACACCCUUGCCUGUGAACGAGGAACAUGCGUGAGCCCGUGUGCAAGUUUGCUUUGCGGAGCGAACGCGUUCUGUGAGCCGGAAAAGCAUGCGGCAUGGUGCCGUUGUCGCGCCGGUUUCGUCGAAGGACCGAAUGGAGAUUGCGUAUCACAAUGCGAAGGCUACAUGUGCGGACAAGGUGCGAUGUGUAUUGUAUCGAACACUGGACCUACUUGCAAGUGUCCUCCUGGAGAGAUGGGCAAUCCAUUCCCGGGUGGUUCAUGCACUACGGAUCAAUGUUCUACCAAGCGCCCGUGUACAGAUCCUCAGGUGUGCAUAAACGGGCGAUGCAAGCAUAAGUGUGAUGGUGUAGUUUGCGGUGUCGGUGCGACCUGCGAUACUGCCAGCGGGAAGUGCAUCUGCGAACCGUAUUUCGUAGGCAAUCCGGAACUUAUUUGUAUGCCACCCGUAUCAUCACCUGCUUGUGAACCUGCGUGCGGUCAGAAUGCACACUGCGAGUACGGAGUCAUCCAGAACAUGUGUGUUUGCAAUCCAGGAACAUCUGGAAACCCGUACGGAUUGUGUGAACCACAACAACGUAAUAUGUGCAGUCGCAUGCGUUGCGGUACGAAUGCAGAGUGUCGUGAGACACUCACUUCAGCGGAAUGCGUGUGUUCAGGCGGGUACAGCGGCAACCCAUACGUGGCCUGUCGAGAUGUAGAUGAAUGUUCAGCGCCUGGUGUUUGUGGUGAGGGAGCAAUCUGUAUUAACUCGGCCGGUAGCUACGAUUGUCGUUGUGGACCAGGAUUCGGAGGUAAUCCGUUCGUGAUGUGUUCACCUAUCGAAAAGAGUGUCUGUGAUAAUCCAAGAAGAUGUCAGUGUAGCAAGAAUUUACAGUGUCCUCCGGGGUAUAGUUGUCAGCGUGGUGUAUGCACAAACAUGUGUGCAAAGACAAGCUGUGGUCCACGUGCUGCAUGUGAUUCUGGUCGAUGCGUCUGUCCACCUGACUACACAGGAAAUCCAAAUGACCUCAAGAGAGGAUGUGUGCUCGAAGGGCAAUGCGACAGCGAUACCGAUUGUGAAAGCUCCAAGAUUUGUUUCCAAACUAGCAAGGGUCUACGACGAUGUGUGGAUGCCUGCAGUAAGGUCCAAUGCGGCCCGAACGCACUAUGUUUGGCGAACGAUCAUCGUAGCACGUGCAUUUGUGCUCCGAGCUAUGUAGGAAAUCCAGGAGAUCUUACGGUCGGCUGCCAGCAAGAGGCCAAAUUGGUAGCAGAAUGCAAAACGGACGCAGAUUGCAAGUCUGAUCACGUGUGCACCGUUACGGAGAAUGGGCUACAGGCUUGUGUUAACCCGUGUAAUGCUGUUGAGUGUGGAGUACACGAAGCGUGUAAGGUCAAUGAGCUCAAACAACCUGUUUGUCAUUGCCAGAAUGGCUACCGCUGGAACCCGGUUUCGUCGAGCUGCGUUAAGCCAUCGAUUCCAGACUGUACCACGGAUGCUGACUGUCACCAAGUUGCCGCUUGUCGUCCGGAUGCUGUCGGGGUGCUGAAGUGUAUUGCGGUGUGCACAGAGUUCACUUGUCCACCAAACUCGGUGUGCGUUUCUUCAAACCACCAGGGUAGCUGUCAGUGUCUGCCGGGAUACACAGGCAAUCCGAAUGACCGCAAUGGUUGUCGUCUAGAACAACAGAACACCUGUCUUACUAGCGCCGAGUGUGCUGAAUCGGAUACUUGUAUUCUGUACGAGGGAGCAUUAUCUUGCCGACCGGCUUGCGAAGGUGUGCAAUGUGGACCGUUCGCACUGUGUAUCACCAACAAUCACAACGCGCAGUGUCAGUGUCCACCUGGUUCUUAUGCUGGUGAUCCGUACGAUCUUACCAAAGGUUGUCAAACGGUGUCAUGUGUCUACAACCGAGAUUGUCCAUCAAAUCAGCUGUGUAAUCGAAUGACUCACAGCUGCGUAGAUGUCUGCCAAGAGGAUACAUGCGGUGAGAAUGCAGUGUGCAUAGCAGAAAAUCACCGCUCAGUAUGCCAGUGUCCACCGGGCUAUCGGGCAAAUCCUAUCGCCGAGGUAGAGUGCGCACAGGUUCGAUCAUGCGAUCCAAAUCCUUGCCACCCAUCGGCGUCGUGUGAGCCGGGACCAGAUGGUUACGUAUGCAAAUGUCCCGUAGGUCAGAUUGGAAAUCCAUUAACGGGAUGUCGCGAUGAAGGAGCCUGUCCUGGAGGUGACAACGAAUGUCCUGAAGGAGCUGCCUGUGUCAACGGAAAGUGUAUCGAUCCGUGUGUGAACGCCUGUGGCAUAAAUUCUCAAUGCACAGUUGUUAACCGUGCGCCGGUGUGUAGCUGCAAGACCAAAUAUGUGCCUGGUGCUACAGGAUCCGCUCGAGAUGGGUGCGUACGCUUAAGCAAUGGUUGUAUGAGCGAUCUCGACUGCAAUGGAGACGUCUGCCAUGGUGGACAGUGCAUGGUUGCAUGCCGCAACACUAACGACUGUUCAGCGGGAGAACGCUGCCUCAGCAAUAUUUGUGCCGUUCCCUGCUCGGCCCACAGCCAAUGUGCGGAAGGACAAGCUUGUGCAGGAGGCAUAUGUGUCAUUGGUUGUCGUAGUAGCCGUGACUGCAGUGGAACCACUGCCUGUAUUGAUUUCAAAUGUACGGAUCCCUGCAAAUCGGACGGAAAUGCAUGUGGCCCAAAUGCUCUGUGUUCAAGUGUCGACCAUGUACCACGAUGCUCCUGUCCGGCCGGGUUUGAGGGCAAUCCUUCGCCUGAGCAAGGUUGCGUGCGAAUACCAACUAACUGUGAGACAUCCGCUCAGUGUGUGGCAGGUCAUAUGUGCAUUGGAAAUCUGUGCAGUUUGCCCUGCUCGGAAACAACUCCAUGCGCCAUCGGAGAACGUUGCCACAAUAGCGUAUGCGCGAAGGUGUGCUACACGAACAACAAUUGCUUACCAGGAGAGGUGUGCAGUGAGGCGGGAGUUUGUGUACCGGGAUGCGGAACUGAUGCAGACUGCCCUUCGCAACGCGUUUGCCAGGGAGGAAAGUGUAAGUGUAUGAAAGGCUUCAUUGGCACUCCUUUCGGAUGCGCAGAUAUUGACGAGUGCUCCGAUGAACCAUGCCACUCAAGUGCGGUGUGCGAAAACAUUCCUGGCUCCUACCGAUGCCAGUGUCCAGAGGGAGCUGUUGGCGACGCCUAUGCAAACCCGGGCUGUCGGAAACCGAACCAGUGUCGCAAAGAUGCUGACUGUUCUGAGGAGUUGGCCUGCAUAGGUGGCAAGUGUCGCAGCCCGUGCAGCACCAAACAGUGCGGACUGAAUGCAGAGUGUCAGGUAGUUGGACAUCAAGCGGAAUGUUUCUGUCCUGCUGGAUACCUAGGCGAUGCUACGGACGGAGACACCGGUGUUGGUUGUUUCAAAGUGGAGUGCGUGCAUAACGAGGACUGCGGAGUAGAUCGUGCUUGUAGCGAUGAAUCUAACCGGUGCUUCAACCCCUGCGAACAGAUCAACUGUGGCCGGGGAACUUGUCAAAUUGUGAAUCAUGAGGCGACCUGUACCUGUUAUCAAGGGUACGCUUUCGUAAAUGGAAAAUGCGAAGAUAUUGACGAAUGCACAGAAACAAAGCCACCGCCCUGUCACGAAAGUGCCCUGUGUGAGAACCUGCCUGGUAAUUAUCUUUGCUCCUGUCCGGCUGGUCUAGUGGGCGAUCCAAUCUCUGGGGGAUGUAAGCGAUCUGACGAGUGCAUAUCCAGCGAGGAUUGCCCGAGUGGUGCGGUGUGUAUUGAUGCACGUUGCAAGAAUCCCUGUGCCGAAGAGAACGUUUGCGGUGAGAAUGCGCUGUGUACAUUAGUCGGCGAUCGUGCCACCUGCGAAUGUCCUCCAACAACUCGUGGUAAUCCAAAAGUAGCUUGCAGGAAGCUCGAAUGCACAACCGCGGACGAAUGUACGGGCGAUCGGACAUGUAUUGGAAACCGCUGCAUUGAUCCGUGCUCACUGAAAAGUGCGUGCGGAAGCAGUGCCAACUGUGUUACUAAGAACCAUCUGGCUAUUUGCUCGUGUCAGCCAGGCACAACUGGCAACCCGCUGCUAGGUUGCGUACCUCUGCAGUACUGCAACAACGAUCUACAGUGUCCUACCGGAUCGAAAUGUAGUGCAGGUGUCUGUUGUUCCUUGUGCGUCACCAACCGCGACUGUCUUGAUGAUCAGCUCUGUAUACAGGGCGUUUGUCAACCGACCUGUCGGUCAAAUACAACCUGCCCGGACUUCCAGUACUGCCACAACGGUAUAUGUACGAAAGAAUUUAAAUGUCGCGCGGAUGAUGAGUGCGAUGCAGACGAAAUGUGCAUCACCGACUCGAAUGGACGUUCCGAGUGUCGAAAUGCAUGUAAUACUGGACGUGUGCUGUGUGGUCGCAAUGCUGACUGUACUGCGCGCAAUCAUGUCGCCGAGUGCGAAUGUAAGCAAGGCUUUUUCCGAGAUGCGGCUGGUUUAUGUCGAAAGGUGGAAUGUGCAAGCGAUGAAGACUGUUCUUCGGAUAAGGUGUGCGAUAACCACGCGUGCAAAAUAGCCUGCCUGACUAGUGAAACACCUUGCGGAACUAAUGCGCUAUGUUCAGCUGAAAACCAUCGUCAGGUUUGCUACUGUCAGCCGGGCUUCACAGGUGAUCCGAAGCGAGGCUGUUCGUUGAUUGAUUUCUGCAAGGAACGGCCAUGUGCAUCGAAUGCCAAGUGUCGGAAUAGUAGAGGCUCUUACCGAUGCUCCUGUCCGCCAGGCUUGGUCGGAGAUCCCUAUCAGGGUGGUUGCAAGAGAGCGGCCGAAUGCGAACGUGAUAGCGAUUGUCCAGAUGCUGCCGAAUGUGUGCAGGAGAACGGUGAAUCGAAGUGUCGCGAUGUGUGCGCGAACGUUACAUGCGGUCCAAAUGCUGAGUGUACCGCUCGAAAGCACAAUGCAGACUGCAAGUGUCGAUCACGGUUCGAAGGUGAUCCGAAGGAUCUCAUAAACGGUUGUAAGCCAAAACCACAGUCUUGCAAGCGCAACAGUGAUUGUCCGGAAAACUCGUACUGUCAUGGACAGAUCUGCAAACCGGCCUGUUCCGAAACUGAUGAAUGCAACCAAGAUGAAGUAUGCUCGAACGGACAGUGCAUCAAUCCGUGCCACGAGGUGAACGCUUGUGGUAUGAAUGCUGAAUGUUUGAUGGGUGCGCAUACGAAACAGUGCUCCUGUCCGGCAGGCUUUACUGGAGAAGCGGCCGUCGAAUGUGUACGAGUUCCAAUCUCUUGCGCAUCCAAUACAGACUGUGUGGAUGGAAGCAUUUGCAAGGAAUCCAUGUGUUUGCCACGGUGCAGGAACGAUCAAGAAUGUGCAUUGAAUGAGAAGUGUUUGCAGGGCAGUUGUAUGCUGACCUGUCGUCUGGAUAACGACUGCUUCCUAGGCCACAUUUGUCUAAGCGGACGUUGUGUUUACGGAUGCCACGCUGAUAGUGACUGCAGUGCCAGUGAAACCUGUCGCGACAAUCGAUGUGUCAAUCCAUGCUCGGAUAAUCCUUGCGGACCGAAUGCGGCAUGUACGGUGGUUAAUCAUCGAGCCAGCUGUUCUUGCUUCAACGGAAUGGUGCCAAGCCCCACGGCCAAGGUAGGCUGUGUGCGUGCCCCGGCCCUACAAUGUACGGAAAAUCGUGACUGUAUUGACGGUACAUCUUGUAUCGAUCGCCUUUGCCGACCGGUAUGUGGCAAUGAUCAAGGAUGCCUGAACAACGAACGCUGUGACGGAGGAUCCUGUAAACCCAUUUGCCGUAAGGAUGACGAUUGCCGUACGGGUGAAAUCUGUCAAGGGCAAACGUGUAUGAUCGGUUGCCGAUCGGACAGUGGAUGUUCCGAUAAUCUAGCCUGCAUUGGACAGCAGUGUACCGAUCCGUGCCAGGAGCCGACGGCUUGCGGAACUAAUGCCGAAUGUGUGGUCAUAUCGCACAGGAAACAGUGCAGCUGCCCGGCUGGAUUAGUAGGCGAUCCGUUCAACUUAGGUUGCCGUCAGGAAACGCAUCUCUGUCAAACACGCACAGACUGCCCGAAAGGCCAGGCAUGCUAUGGUGGUACAUGUAUGCAAACGUGCCGCAACGAUCAGAAUUGUUUAGCCGACGAACGAUGUGUGCGUGGCACUUGCCGAACGGUAUGCAACAGUGACGGAGCUUGUGGUAAUGGACUUAUCUGCGAAGGACGCAUCUGUCAGGCAGGCUGCCGAUCGGACAAUCAGUGUGCCAACAAUCAGGCCUGCAUCAACAAGAAAUGCACGGACCCAUGUGCAACACUGGGACAGUGUGGAACCUGCUCGGAGUGCACGGUAAUUGAUCAUGGUGUGCAGUGUAGCUGUCCACAAGGCUAUCUUGGUAAUCCACUACUGUCGUGCAGUCCGCCGGCGGAAAAAUGCCACGCCCAAUGUGUCUGCGAUGAGGAUGGAAUGUACUGUGUGAAGAGCUGCCGCCAGGCUAAAGACUGUGGCUGCGGUCAAACUUGCCAUCGAGGAAAAUGUCGCACCAAGUGCAAUCCGGGCAACUGUCCGACCGGAUUGUUGUGCCAGAAUGGUGCUUGCGUAGCGGGUUGUCGUACAAAUGGCGAUUGCCCAAGCGAUCGGUCCUGCACGAAUGGAAAAUGUGUGGAUCCGUGCGCUGGUGGUAAAGCAUGUGGUAGGAACGCUCUGUGCCAAGUGUCCGACCAUCGUUCACUGUGCUUGUGCCCUGAUGGAUUCCAAGGCGAUCCAUCAGUGGGAUGUGCACAGUAUGAAUGUCAGACCAACGAUGACUGCGAGCUGGAUAAAAAGUGUGCAAGUGGCAAGUGCAUCAAUCCGUGUCUCAUUCCGGGAGCGUGUGGUUUGAACGCGCAAUGUCGGGUCGUGAAUCGACAGGCACAGUGCAGCUGCACACCCGGCUUCUUCGGCAAUGCGCGUCAAGAGUGCCAACCGGUGCAAAAGAAUAGCUGCGCUCAGAAUCCGUGUGGUGAUAAUACCGUGUGCCGCGAGGAUGAGAAUGGUUACGAAUGCUCUUGCCAGCCAGGCUGCGUGGGUGAUCCUCGACAGGGGUGCCUUUGCGAGGGUAAGCUCAAGAAGGACGAUUGUGAACAGUACGCUUGCGGUACGAAUGCGGUCUGCCGCAUGACAGAAUGGGGUGCACCGUCCUGUGUGUGUUUACCGACACACCCGUACGGAGAUCCUUACAUGUCAUGCACACAAGACGAUGCUGGUACCGAUUGCAGAACAACUGGCUGCGUAGAGGGAGAGUGUGUUCGGGACGGUACAAAGUUUAUUUGUCGCAAAGACGAAUCCUGUGCGAACGAUUUACAAUGCGCCAAUGAUAAGGCUUGCAUCGGAGGCAAAUGCUCCGAUCCGUGCUCACUGCGUGGUGCAUGCGGUGACAAUGCACUCUGCCAAACGGUACUGCACAGACCAAGAUGCUCGUGCCCGAGCUGCUACAUCGGACGGCCGAACGUCGAAUGCAAACCGGAUCCCAAAUGCGAAGAGGUGACCACUCCAAGACCAAAUGACCCGAAGAUAGUUUCGGUGGCAUGCGAGACAAACGACGACUGCCACGAAAGCCUGCGCUGCGACGCCAGCGGCCAGUGCAGCGAUCCGUGCACGGUACCAUCACCGUUUGUAUGCGACGCCAACAAGAAAUGUGUCUCACGCCGUCAUCGGCCCAGCUGCGUUUGUACGCACGGUUUCAUCGUGAAUGACAAUGGCGAGCUCGUAUGCGCUCCGGGAAAGCGCGAAUGCUUCGGCGACGAUGGUUGCGCCUCAAACAUGGCCUGCCUCGAAGGCCGUUGCCUGAAUCCAUGCUUUGCCAAUGGUAAGCGCAGUGCUCCCUGUCCGGACGACAAGGCAUGCGUGGUGGUGGACCACAGGCCAACGUGCGUUUGCAUGAAGGAUUGCAGUCCAUCACUGUCGAUCUGCUUGCGCGACAGCGGUUGUCCGGAUGAGUUGGCCUGCCGCAAUUACCAGUGCGUCAAUCCGUGCGAGACGACCACUUGUGCCGAAGACACGCCAUGCUAUGUCGAAGAUCAUAAACCAAUCUGUAAAUUCUGCCCGCCCGGCUUCGUAAAAGAUGUACGACAUGGAUGUUUGAAAGAAUUAGGAUGUAAACACAGCAACGAGUGUCCUUUGGAAAGAUCGUGUAUUAACGGAAUUUGUGUGGACCCUUGUCGAUCUGGCAAUCCAUGCGAUAAUGGAGAAGAAUGUGAAGUGCAAAAUCACGAAACAGUUUGUGUUAAACUAUGCCAAUGUGAAAAGGCAGCAGACUGUGGAAGUGGACAACUAUGCGAUGGAUGCAACUGUGUUCAAAAGGAUACCGAUCGUACAACUGGUUGUGAGCAUUGUCCACCAGGCAUUCCGUGUGACCCAAUUACUGGAGGAUGCGUCAAGGAGCCUCCAGGGUCGCCAAAAAUACCUGAGCCUUGCCAAUCUGAUAACGACUGUCUGGAUAACGAAGCGUGUUACAUGGGCUUGUGCGAAAAUCCAUGCUUAUUUGAUGGCGUUUGUGCGGAAACAGCAACAUGCCAGGCUAAAAUGCAUCGUCCUAUUUGCACAUGUCCACCAGGACAUGAGGGUAACCCAACCAUCGAGUGCACAGUGCUGGAGCCAAUACAAUGCACCACAAAUGAUGAAUGUUCACUUACGGAAGCCUGUGUUGGAAACGUGUGCCAUAGACCGUGUGAUGUAAAGAAUCCUUGUACGACAAAUGCAGUUUGCAUUAAUACCAAUCACGGUACUGACUGCAGUUGCAUUGACGGAUAUCAUGGGAACGGUUUUGUGCAAUGCAUUCCAGUAACAACUGUUGGUUCGGUUUGCCAAUAUAAUGAAGAUUGUCCGCCAGAUAAGCUUUGUGAUCGAUUGAAUCGUAUCUGUAUCAAUCCAUGCCAAAGCGAUUCUUGUGGUGAGAAUGCAGAUUGUUACCCAGUUAAUCAUGGAAUCGAUUGCCGCUGCCGAGCAGGGUACGCUGGUAAUGCUUACAUCGAAUGUACACAACCUCAAGGAUGCCUCUCUGAUCGGCAGUGCAACGAUAACGAGGCGUGCAUUAAUGGUCGAUGUUCAUCACCGUGUCAAUGUGGACCAAAUGCUAUGUGCGAUGUGAAAAAGCAUAAAGCCGUUUGCCGUUGCCCACCGGGGUACGGUGGCAAUGCACGGAUAGGAUGUAAUCCACCAAGCAACCCGUGCGAUCCUAAUCCAUGUGGAAUCAAUGCAAUGUGUGAAGUGGACAAUGGCAGUCCUGUUUGCUUCUGCCCGCGUGGAUUGACAGGAAAUCCUUUCAAAAACUGCAUUCCUGAAGGCGACGAGUGCACUCCCAAUCCGUGUGGUCCCAAUUCCGGAUGUCGGAAAAUUAACGGCAAAGCCACGUGUUUCUGUUUGCCGGAGUUUGAAGGAAAUCCACCAAAUACGCCAUGUACACUGCCUCAGAAUCCAUGCGUUCCGUCACCUUGUGGGCCAAACACGCAGUGCACAAUUCUGGGUAACGGUUAUGCUAAAUGUACUUGUGUUCCCGGAUACAUCGAAAGUCCUAACACGAUUCGCGGCUGUGUGGAACCUUCUAGUCCGUGCGAUCCAAACCCCUGCGGUUUUGGAGCUGUAUGCGACGCUACACGCAAUCCAGUAUGCUACUGUCCGGAUUCGAUGAUCGGUAACCCGUAUCGCAGCUGCCUCGAGCCAGUUAUGACACCGGAACUGUGCCAACCGGGACCAUGUGGUGCGAAUGCUGAUUGUUAUGUCGCAGAAGGCAGGGAGCAGUGUUACUGCAAGCCGAACUUUAUUGGAGACCCUUAUGGAGGAUGCGUUGAGCAACCAAGAUCAGUUUGCGAACCAAACCCAUGCGGUCCUGGAGCGGAGUGUGUGUUGUUAGUAGAUGGUGCUCCGGGAUGCCGAUGCCCACCAGGAUUGAGUGGAGAUCCAACGACAACUGGCUGUCAUGCAUUUGAAUGCUUCAGCGAUGACCAAUGUACGGCAGACAAGGCUUGUAUCGGACUGCGCUGUUCUGACCCCUGUCCAGGAUCCUGUGGUACAGGAGCUCAUUGUCGUGUAGAGAAACAUCAUCCAGUAUGUUUCUGCGAUGCUGGUUUGACAGGCAAUCCUGCUGUUCAAUGCUACAGCUUAGAUGAACGGCCCCGAGACGCUUGUAACCCUAGUCCGUGUGGUGCAAAUGCUCGUUGUACAUUGAGAAACAAACGCCCAGUUUGUAAGUGUCUAACAAAUUACCAUGGUGAUCCUAGGAAAGGCUGCAAACCUGAAUGCGAUAUUAAUUCUGAUUGUACACCCGACAAAUCUUGCAUCAAUCAUAAGUGCGUUUCGCCCUGUGCAUUGGGAACGGUGUGCGGUGUGAAUGCAGAGUGCACUGUGAAUUAUCACACACCAAUGUGCAAGUGUCCUUCAGGUUAUACGGGCGACGCAUUCGUGCAAUGCGUUCCGAUACCGGAGGACAGAAACAUGACCAGACAACCAUGCUUGUCGGAUCCGUGCGGUCCUGGUGAAAUUUGUUCCAUCUAUGGUAACGAUGUAGCACUUUGCGAUCCGUGCGUAGCACCAGACGCAGUUCACAAUCCUCGUUGUCGUCCACAGUGUGUAUUGAACACGGAUUGUCCAUUCAACAUGGCCUGCUUGCAGUCACAAUGUCAAGAUCCCUGUCCAGGAUCCUGUGGAUACAACGCUCUAUGCACCGUAGAACGCCAUCGACCUGUUUGCUAUUGUCCACCAAACAUGUACGGUAACCCUUACGAACAAUGUAAACCACAAGAAAGUCCACGAGAAACCUGCGAUAGUAUACGAUGCGGUGCAAAUACGCAGUGCAAGCAGCAGAAUGGAGUUUUAGCAUGCGUGUGUAAGAAAAAUUACUACGGAGACCCAUUGGUAGGUUGUCGACCAGAAUGCGUGGUAAACACUGACUGCCCAAUCAGUAAGGCAUGCGUUAAUUCACGCUGCGUCGAUCCAUGCGUUGAUGCAUGCGGCGUGAACGCGCAAUGUAAGGUUGUAAAUCAUCUACCAAUAUGCUACUGUCCGCCAACGCACACCGGUGAUGCCCUGGUUGCUUGCACAGAACGGACAUAUCUGCCACCAGACAACACGCCUUGCGACCCGAAUCCAUGUGGACCAAACAGCAAAUGUCGCACUACGCCUGAUGGUUAUGCCAUCUGCUCAUGUCUGCCUGGGUAUCGUGGAGUGCCGCCUGCUUGUCAGGCUGAAUGUAUGAUCAAUGCAGAAUGUCCGCAGAAUAAGGCAUGCAUCAAUCUAAAAUGCGCCGAUCCAUGCCCAGGUACUUGUGGCGUCGGUGCUCGCUGUGAAGUACUGAAUCAUAAUCCGAUAUGCAGUUGCGGUGCCAAUCAGCAAGGUGAUCCAUUUGUGAUUUGUGAAUCGCGACAAAAUGAACCACCGGUAGAGCAAAAGAACCCUUGCGACCCUUCGCCAUGCGGACCAAACUCAUUGUGUCAAGUGCGCAGCCGACGCCCGGUGUGUUCAUGCCAACCAAAUUUCAUUGGUUCUCCACCCGCUUGCCGUCCAGAGUGCGUGCUAAGCUCGGAAUGUCCUCAGGAUAAAGCGUGCAUUAAUGAAAAGUGUCAAAAUCCGUGUGCAAACGCUUGCGGUGCGAAUGCUGACUGCCACAUCGUGGCUCACUCGGCUUUCUGCAGCUGCCGUGCGGGUUUUGAGGGUGAUGCCUUCAUUGGCUGUUCUGCUGUUCCAAAGGAUACGCCCAAAGACGUUUGCUAUCCCAAUCCGUGUGCAGAGAAUGCAAUAUGCAGUGAGCAUAACGGUGCCGCGAAGUGUACAUGCAUAACACCAUAUCUGGGAGAUCCGUACAAUACGGGCUGCAGACCGGAGUGUGUUCUCAACUCCGACUGUCCAAGCCAUGCCGCAUGUGUUAAUCAACAUUGCCGUGAUCCAUGUCCAGGUGUUUGCGGAACAAACGCAGAUUGUACCGUCGCCAAUCAUAUACCAGUGUGUGAGUGUAGCCGUGGAUAUGUAGGCGAUCCGUUCCGCGGUUGUCGUAAGGAUAUUCCACCGCCAGUUGCUCCAAAAGAUCCAUGUGCUUCUUGUCCAUCGAACAGCGUGUGUCGCGUGGUAGGUGGUCGACCAACAUGCUCCUGCGCGGAAGGAUACCGAGGAACACCACCGGCAUGCCGACCGGAAUGCUCUAGCAAUGAGGAAUGUCCGCACGAUCGAAGUUGCAUCAACUUAAAAUGCGCAGAUCCUUGUCCUGGACUGUGUGGAAUCAAUGCACAGUGCCAAGUUAUCAACCAUAAACCGUUUUGCAGUUGUCAGCGCGACAUGAUUGGUAAUCCAUUCGAACAGUGCUACCCUAAACCAGCAGAACCAGUGCAUCCUUGCCAGCCAAGUCCCUGUGGUGCGUACUCGGAAUGUAGGGAAAUCGAUAACCGUGCAGUGUGUACAUGUGCUGCCGGUAUGCUAGGUACACCGCCUAACUGUAGACCGGAGUGCGAAACCGAUCAGGAUUGUCCGUCAAACCGUGCAUGCUUCAAUCAGAAAUGCCGUGAUCCAUGCGUGGGAUCAUGCGGCUACAACGCAGAGUGUAUUGCCCGCAACCAUCGGCCAGAAUGUUACUGUGCAAAUGGGUUUGAAGGGGAUCCAUACAGUGGUUGCAAUCCAGUCGCCAUUAAACGUGACGAAAUCAUUGAACCAUGCAAUCCGUCACCUUGUGGAUCAAAUGCGAUCUGCAAAGAACGUAACGGUGCUGGUUCCUGUGCAUGCAUGCCCAAUUAUUUUGGUGAUCCAUACGUCAACUGCCGACCGGAAUGUGUUCAGAGUUCAGAGUGUCCGUCGUCCAAGGCAUGCGUUAACAUGCGCUGCAUUGAUCCAUGCCUUGGUACAUGCGGUCCUAACAGUGAAUGUCGUGUACAUAACCACUCGCCGUACUGUAGCUGUAGUCCAGGUUAUACAGGCAAUCCAUCACAGGCUUGCCGUCCUAUUGUGGUAGAAAACAUUCCCGCCCGUCGCCCCAUUGAUCCCUGUUCGCCGUCUCCAUGCGGUCCGUAUAGCAUAUGCAGGGUGCUAGACGGUCAUCCGGUUUGCUCGUGUCAAAUCAGUUGUUCCGGUGUUCCGCCCAACUGUCGCCCAGAAUGUCUUAUCAAUGCAGAGUGCCCGCGCGAUAGAACAUGUCUCAACCAACGGUGCAUUGACCCUUGCCCGGGUACGUGCGGUAUGAAUGCACGAUGUCGUGUGGUGAAUCACAAUCCGAUUUGCAGCUGCAAUGCUGGUUUCGCUGGUGAUCCGUUUGUGCAGUGCUCACCAGAGCCAACACAACCUGUGUUAGAGGAAGAGUACAGGAAUCCAUGCCAGCCAUCGCCGUGUGGAGUAAAUUCAUUGUGCAAAGUGCACAACAAUCGGGCUGUUUGUUCAUGUUUGCCCAACUACGUGGGCCGUCCACCUAACUGCAGGCCCGAAUGUACCGUGGACUCUGAGUGUGCCAUGAAUUUGGCAUGCAUAAAUGAAAAAUGCCGAAAUCCUUGCGAUGGAUCUUGUGGAGUAAAUAGCGAAUGCGUGGUUGUAGCACACAAACCCUUAUGUAGCUGUGCGCAAGGCUACAGCGGAGAUCCUUUCGCUGGAUGCAGCAUCAUUCCGAUCGUUCACGAAGAAACGCCUAUGCCGUGCAAUCCCAGCCCGUGUGGAACGAAUGCUAUUUGCAAAGAGCGUAAUGGUGCAGGAUCAUGCACGUGUGCACCGGAAUACUUCGGGGAUCCGUACGUUGGAUGUCGCCCGGAGUGUGUUAUGAACAGUGAUUGUCCUAGAACGCGAGCCUGCAUCAAUAACAAAUGUCAAGAUCCUUGCCCUGGAACGUGCGGUGUAAAUGCUCAAUGUCACGUAGUAAAUCAUUCCCCGAAUUGCGUUUGCUUAGCAGGAUUCAUAGGGAACCCGUUCACCGAAUGCAAACCCCAACCUGAAAUUCGAGAUCAGCCGGUAGUUCAACCAUGUCAACCAUCGCCAUGUGGCCCAAACAGCAUUUGCCGCGUGUUGAACAACCAUGCUGUGUGCACUUGCCAACAGAACUAUAUCGGUUCUCCGCCAAACUGUCGACCAGAGUGUAUGGUCAGCUCAGAGUGUCCAUUGGACAAAUCAUGUGUUAAAACUAAGUGUACGGAUCCUUGUCCAGGAACGUGUGGUCUUAAUGCACGAUGUCAGGUGGUAAACCACAAUCCGAUCUGCAGUUGCAAGGCUGGCUUUACAGGAGAUCCUUUUGUGCGAUGCGUGCCAGAAGAACGUCGUCCAGUCGUUCAGGAAACACCUCCGGAACCGUGCGUUCCGUCUCCAUGUGGACCUAAUUCUCAAUGUAGAGCAGUUGGUCAUACUGCUGCUUGCUCUUGCCUUCCAAAUUAUAUCGGACGGGCACCGAAUUGUCGUCCUGAGUGCACUGCGAACUCGCAGUGUACACCGAUGAAGGCAUGCAUUAACGAACGGUGUAACGAUCCUUGCCCCGGAUCGUGUGGUUCAAAUGCGCUCUGCACCGUGCAAAACCAUCAACCUAACUGUCGUUGUAUUGAAGGAUACGAAGGUGAUCCAUACACUUCGUGUGCCCCUAUUAUAAUACACCGUGAACCCGAAAUUGUAGACCCAUGUAAUCCAUCUCCGUGCGGCAUUAAUGCCGAGUGUAAUGUACGCAACAAUGCCGGUUCCUGCACGUGUGUGCAGGAUUACUUUGGUGAUCCUUAUCAUGAAUGCCGACCAGAAUGUAUGCUCAGCUCGGAUUGCGCAAACACACGAGCCUGCUUGAACAACAAAUGCGUCGACCCGUGUCCAGGAAUGUGUGGUCUGAAUGCGGAGUGUUUUGUCAUGAAUCAUUCACCUUCCUGCUCUUGUCUGCCGGGGUACACUGGCAAUCCAUCACAAGCGUGUCGCGAGAUACCGAAACAAAUAGAAUAUACUCCUGCCGAUCCCUGUCGGCCUUCGCCCUGCGGUCCAUAUAGUCAGUGUCGCAAUGUUAAUAAUCACGCCGUCUGUUCGUGUCAGGCCAAUUACAUUGGCACUCCACCUGCUUGUCGUCCAGAGUGUACAGUUAGCUCUGAAUGCGCUCUGGAUAAGGCUUGUAUCAAACAAUCGUGCCUGGAUCCAUGCCCUGGAACAUGUGGUUUUAAUGCUCGCUGUACGGUGGUUAAUCAUAACCCCAUCUGUAGCUGUCCCUCCGGUUUCACAGGCGACCCAUUCGAGCGAUGCGUGCCGGAAGAAAAACAAGUGGUUCAAGCAGAACCAACGAAUCCCUGCCUUCCAUCGCCUUGUGGACCGAAUUCGCAAUGCAGGGCGGUCGGAAACGUUCCGGCCUGUUCCUGCCUUCCCAACUAUAUUGGUAGGGCACCAAAUUGUAGGCCUGAGUGUACGAUCAAUGCAGAAUGUUCUGGUAAUCUUGCCUGUGUAAAUGAAAAAUGUGCCGAUCCGUGUCCGGGAUCGUGCGGCCCCAAUGCUGUCUGUCGCGUGAUCGAACACUCUCCAACCUGUUCCUGCCAAACUGGAUAUACGGGAGAUCCUUUCUCUGGGUGUACAGUUAUUCCUUUAACACCUGUUCGUGAAGAACCUCGAAAUCCAUGCAACCCUUCGCCUUGUGGAUCUAAUGCAGUGUGUAAGGAACGAAAUGGCGCUGGAUCAUGCACAUGUCUGUCGGAUUAUUUUGGUGAUCCGUACAGCGGUUGUCGACCGGAGUGUGUUACCAAUAGUGAUUGUCCUCGGGUGAGAGCCUGCGUAAACAAUAAAUGUGCCGACCCUUGCCCUGGUGUUUGUGGUAUAGACGCGGAAUGCUACGUUGUCAAUCACUCUCCAAGCUGUGCUUGCCGAGCAGGCUUUACGGGUGAUCCUUUUACACAGUGUCGUCUUCCAGAGCAACCCAAACAAAAUGAACCGAUUAAUCCCUGCUCACCGUCGCCUUGCGGGCCAAACAGCAUCUGUCGCGAGUCUAACGGCCACGCCGUAUGCACGUGCCAACCAACUUUCAUCGGUACGCCACCGAACUGCCGACCAGAGUGUAUUGUCAGCUCCGAGUGUUCUCUUGAUAAAGCUUGUAUUGGGCAAAAGUGCAACGAUCCUUGCCCAGGUACUUGCGGUCAGAAUGCACGUUGUCAAGUCGUGAAUCAUAAUCCGAUUUGUAGCUGCUCACUUGGUUUCACUGGAGAUCCGUUCGUGCGUUGCGUCCCAGUUGAAAAAGCUCCAGUUGUGCAAGAUCCAGUAGAUCCAUGCGUUCCAUCACCUUGUGGGCCAAACUCUGUCUGCCGAGCCAUCGGGUCGACACCUGCAUGUUCUUGUUUGCCGAACUACAUCGGCCGAGCGCCAAACUGCCGUCCAGAGUGCAUGCUCAAUGCCGAAUGUGCUGCUACGUUAGCAUGUGUAAAUGAACGUUGUACUAAUCCAUGUGUGGGUUCUUGUGGUAUUAACGCACGUUGUACAGUAGUGAAGCACAAUCCGAUCUGCGAGUGUGAAGCUGGAUUUACCGGAGAUCCCUUCUCUGUUUGUACAGAAAUAAUCACUACACGUGAUGAGGAACCAGUCAAUCCUUGCAAUCCAUCACCAUGCGGUGCCAAUGCAAUAUGCAAGGAAAGAAACGGAGCUGGAUCAUGUACCUGCAUGCCAGAAUAUUUCGGCGAUCCGUAUACAGGGUGCCGUCCGGAAUGUGUACAAAAUACCGAUUGCGAAAAAUCCAAGGCAUGCAUGAAUAAUAAGUGCAGGGAUCCAUGUCCAGGAGUUUGUGGGCUUAAUGCUGAAUGUGUCGUCCAAAACCAUAGCCCAGUGUGUUACUGUUUGGAGGGAUAUACCGGCGAUCCAGCUAGUACCUGUACGUUGGCCGAAAUAGUAACCGAGCGACCAAAACUUCCAGGGUGUCAACCGUCACCGUGUGGUCCAAACAGUCAGUGUAGAGAAAUCAACGGCCAUCCGGUGUGUUCAUGUCUGGCAGGCUAUAUCGGUACGCCACCGAUGUGUCGGCCAGAAUGUGUAGUCAGCUCGGAGUGCAGCCAGGAUAGAGCGUGCGCAAAUAAGAAAUGUGUUGAUCCAUGUCCAGGAACAUGCGGUACAGAUGCACGCUGUCAGGUUGUUAACCACAAUCCGAUAUGCAGCUGCCCUCCCGGAUUUACCGGUGAUCCAUUCAUACAAUGUGCAAAGAAAGAGGAACAGAAGGACAUUACUCCAUCGAAUCCUUGUGUACCCUCACCAUGUGGACCAAAUGCGAACUGCCGAACCGUGGGCAGUCAACCUGCUUGCUCAUGUGCACCAAAUUACAUCGGAAGGCCUCCGAAUUGUCGACCAGAGUGCACUAGAGAUGCCGAGUGUCCGAGCAAUUUGUCAUGCCAAAACGAAAGAUGCCUUGAUCCUUGUGCGGCUGGAUGUGGUUUGAACGCCUUUUGUCGAGUGAUCAACCAUAAACCAGUCUGUACGUGUGAUGUAGGUUUCGAAGGAAAUCCUCUUGAGCAAUGCAGUCGUAUAUUGCCACCCACCACUGAACGACUUACGCCUUGUACACCUUCGCCAUGCGGACCGAACGCUGAAUGUCGCGAACGCAAUAAUGCUGGAGCUUGUUACUGUUUGGCUGGCUACGAGGGAAAUCCAUACGAUGUUUUUUCGGGAUGCCGUCGAGAGUGUGAUUCAAAUUCUGACUGUUCUGACAAGCUAGCCUGUGUUCAGUAUAAGUGUGUAGAUCCUUGCCCAGGAGUCUGCGGUGCUCAAGCUUUAUGUGAAAUCCACAAUCACGUUCCCACGUGCAUAUGCCCAGAAGAUAUGGUGGGAGAUCCAUUCGUUCAAUGCAAUCUUCGCAUGGCAGAUCCAGUGACACCAGCCCCACCUGUAUGCGACAAAUAUACAUGUGGUCCGAAUAGCAUUUGUCGCAUACAAAACGGUGUAGCCGUUUGCAAAUGUCAACCUGACAUGGUUGGAAGUCCUCCAAACUGUAGACCAGAAUGUCAACAAAAUAGCGACUGUGAGGCAAACCGGGCUUGCGUCAAUUUUAAGUGUAUAGAUCCGUGCCCAGGUUCGUGUGGUCAGAAUGCCAACUGUAAUAUCAUCAACCACAAUCCAAUAUGUAGUUGCACGCCUGGCUUUACCGGCGAUCCAUUUACUCGUUGCUAUAAAGAAAUCGUGACUGUCUCAACAACAGAAGCUCCCCGAGCUUUAUGUACACCAUCACCAUGUGGUCCAAAUGCCGAAUGUAAAGUUGUUGGUGAUCGAGAAGCAUGUUCGUGUUUACCUGGUUAUAUAGGAACACCGCCGAGUUGUCGUCCGGAAUGUAUUUUAAGUACAGAGUGCUCAGACCAUCAAGCUUGCAUCAGACAAAAAUGUACAGAUCCAUGUCCAGGAUCUUGCGGACUUAAUGCUAAGUGUACUGUGUCGCGUCAUACGCCAAGUUGCAGUUGCGAUGUUGGAUUUACUGGCGAUCCAUUUACUGGAUGUCAAGCCAUUAUCGAAGAUGAACCAGUAAUCAAUCCAUGUAGCCCAAGCCCGUGUGGAGCCAACGCUCAAUGCAGGGAACAAAACGGUGCAGGAUCGUGCACAUGUAUUGAGGAUCACUUUGGAAACCCCUACGAAGGAUGUCGUCCAGAAUGUGUGCUCAACUCGGACUGCCCAUCAAACAGGGCUUGUGUUAGGAAUAAAUGUCAAGAUCCUUGCCCAGGCACUUGCGGUCAGAAUACUGACUGUCAGGUCGUAAAUCACCUACCCUCGUGUACCUGCUUCCCUGGUUACGAAGGAGAUCCAUUCAGAUAUUGUAACAUCCAACAGCGAGAACCGGUACAAGAGUACGUCAACCCUUGCCAACCAAGCCCCUGCGGUCCCAACAGCCAAUGUCGAGAGGUUAAUGGACAGGCAGUCUGCUCGUGCUUACCCACUUAUGUCGGCUCUCCUCCGGGAUGUCGCCCAGAAUGUGUGGUCAGCUCGGAAUGUGCCUUGGAUAAGGCAUGUGUCAAUCAGAAAUGUGUUGACCCGUGCCCUGGAACAUGUGGAACCAAUGCUAGAUGCAAUGUCAAUAAUCAUAGUCCUAUUUGCUCAUGUCAAUCAGGAUUCACAGGAGAUCCGUUCACGAGAUGCUAUCCCAUUCCACCUCCAGUGCAAGAUACACCAAUCGUUGUAAGGAACCCAUGCGUUCCCUCUCCGUGCGGUCCAAACUCACAGUGCCGUGAUGCAAACGGCGCUCCUUCGUGUUCAUGCUUGAUCAACUACAUUGGGUCUCCGCCAAAUUGUCGCCCCGAGUGCACAAUAAAUGCGGAAUGUCCGAGCAAUCAAGCAUGCAUGAACGAAAAGUGUCGAGAUCCUUGCCCUGGUUCGUGUGGCAUCAAUACCAGAUGUAAUGUGAUCAACCAUACUCCCAUUUGUACGUGUGAAGAAGGAUACACUGGAGAUCCUUUCACAAGCUGUAGACCCAUGCCACCGCCACCGCCCGAGCCCGUCAAUGACGAUCCGUGCAAUCCUUCGCCCUGUGGGGCAAAUGCACAAUGCCAGAACGGUAUUUGCACAUGUUUGCCAGAGUACCAAGGCGAUCCGUACCGAGGCUGCAGGCCUGAGUGUGUUUUGAACUCGGACUGCCCUCGGGAUAGGGCCUGUAUUCGUAGCAAAUGUGUAGAUCCUUGUCCGGGCACGUGCGGUCAAGAUGCACUGUGCGAAGUGAUCAAUCAUAUUCCGAUGUGCCGUUGUCCGGAUGGAAUGGCAGGAAACGCAUUCGUGCAGUGUCGACCACAACAAGCCCCGACUGUUACCAAUCCCUGUAGUCCAUCGCCUUGCGGUCCUAACAGCCAAUGUCGCGAAAUCAACGGACAAGCCGUGUGUUCCUGUGUCCCAGGAUACAUUGGAAGCCCUCCGACAUGUCGGCCGGAAUGCGUUGUGAGCGCUGAGUGUCCUCAGAAUCAAGCGUGUACCAACCAAAAAUGUAGGGAUCCAUGUGCUGGAACAUGUGGAGUAGGAGCCAGAUGCUCGGUUGUGAAUCAUAAUCCUAUUUGUAGCUGUCCGGAAAGAUACACGGGCGAUCCGUUCGUACGCUGUCAGCCAAUGAUCGAGCCUCCUGUACAAAUGACCCCAAGCCACCCUUGCCAACCUUCUCCUUGCGGACCAAAUGCACAGUGCCGUGCAGUAGGUGAUUCGCCGUCUUGUACAUGUAUAGAAGGCAUGAUCGGUGCUCCACCCAAUUGCCGUCCGGAAUGUAUCAGCAACUCUGAUUGCUCCAACAACUUGGCCUGCAUACGACAAAAGUGUCAAGAUCCUUGUCCAGGCGCCUGUGGAGCCAACGCAGAAUGUAGGGUUGUCAGCCAUACGCCAAUGUGCAUUUGUGCCGUUGGAUAUGCUGGUGAUCCUUUCACACAGUGCGUGCCUUUCCAACAAGAUACUCCCAAAGAUCAAACGACCCCUUGCCUACCCAACCCAUGUGGAGCCAACGCUCAAUGCAGGGAACAAAACGGUGCAGGAUCGUGCACAUGUAUUGAGGAUCACUUUGGAAACCCCUACGAAGGAUGUCGUCCAGAAUGUGUGCUCAACUCGGACUGCCCAUCAAACAGGGCUUGUGUUAGGAAUAAAUGUCAAGAUCCUUGCCCAGGCACUUGCGGUCAGAAUGCUGACUGUCAGGUCGUAAAUCACCUACCCUCGUGUACCUGCUUCCCUGGUUACGAAGGAGAUCCAUUCAGAUAUUGUAACAUCCAACAGCGAGAACCGGUACAAGAGUACGUCAACCCUUGCCAACCAAGCCCCUGCGGUCCCAACAGCCAAUGUCGAGAGGUUAAUGGACAGGCAGUCUGCUCGUGCUUACCCACUUAUGUCGGCUCUCCUCCGGGAUGUCGCCCAGAGUGUGUGGUCAGCUCGGAAUGUGCCUUGGAUAAGGCAUGUGUCAAUCAGAAAUGUGUUGACCCGUGCCCUGGAACAUGUGGAACCAAUGCUAGAUGCAAUGUCAAUAAUCAUAGUCCUAUUUGCUCAUGUCAAUCAGGAUUCACAGGAGAUCCGUUCACGAGAUGCUAUCCCAUUCCACCUCCAGUGCAAGAUACACCAAUCGUUGUAAGGAACCCAUGCGUUCCCUCUCCGUGCGGUCCAAACUCACAGUGCCGUGAUGCAAACGGCGCUCCUUCGUGUUCAUGCUUGAUCAACUACAUUGGGUCUCCGCCAAAUUGUCGCCCCGAGUGCACAAUAAAUGCGGAAUGUCCGAGCAAUCAAGCAUGCAUGAACGAAAAGUGUCGAGAUCCUUGCCCUGGUUCGUGUGGCAUCAAUACCAGAUGUAAUGUGAUCAACCAUACUCCCAUUUGUACGUGUGAAGAAGGAUACACUGGAGAUCCUUUCACAAGCUGUAGACCCAUGCCACCGCCACCGCCCGAGCCCGUCAAUGACGAUCCGUGCAAUCCUUCGCCCUGUGGGGCAAAUGCACAAUGCCAGAACGGUAUUUGCACAUGUUUGCCAGAGUACCAAGGCGAUCCGUACCGAGGCUGCAGGCCUGAGUGUGUUUUGAACUCGGACUGCCCUCGGGAUAGGGCCUGUAUUCGUAGCAAAUGUGUAGAUCCUUGUCCGGGCACGUGCGGUCAAGAUGCACUGUGCGAAGUGAUCAAUCAUAUUCCGAUGUGCCGUUGUCCGGAUGGAAUGGCAGGAAACGCAUUCGUGCAGUGUCGACCACAACAAGCCCCGACUGUUACCAAUCCCUGUAGUCCAUCGCCUUGCGGUCCUAACAGCCAAUGUCGCGAAAUCAACGGACAAGCCGUGUGUUCCUGUGUCCCAGGAUACAUUGGAAGCCCUCCGACAUGUCGGCCGGAAUGCGUUGUGAGCGCUGAGUGUCCUCAGAAUCAAGCGUGUACCAACCAAAAAUGUAGGGAUCCAUGUGCUGGAACAUGUGGAGUAGGAGCCAGAUGCUCGGUUGUGAAUCAUAAUCCUAUUUGUAGCUGUCCGGAAAGAUACACGGGCGAUCCGUUCGUACGCUGUCAGCCAAUGAUCGAGCCUCCUGUACAAAUGACCCCAAGCCACCCUUGCCAACCUUCUCCUUGCGGACCAAAUGCACAGUGCCGUGCAGUAGGUGAUUCGCCGUCUUGUACAUGUAUAGAAGGCAUGAUCGGUGCUCCACCCAAUUGCCGUCCGGAAUGUAUCAGCAACUCUGAUUGCUCAAACAACUUGGCCUGCAUACGACAAAAGUGUCAAGAUCCUUGUCCAGGCGCCUGUGGAGCCAACGCAGAAUGUAGGGUUGUCAGCCAUACGCCAAUGUGCAUUUGUGCCGUUGGAUAUACUGGUGAUCCUUUCACACAGUGCGUGCCUUUCCAACAAGAUACUCCCAAAGAUCAAACGACCCCUUGCCUACCCAACCCAUGUGGAGCCAACGCUCAAUGCAGGGAACAAAACGGUGCAGGAUCGUGCACAUGUAUUGAGGAUCACUUUGGAAACCCCUACGAAGGAUGUCGUCCAGAAUGUGUGCUCAACUCGGACUGCCCAUCAAACAGGGCUUGUGUUAGGAAUAAAUGUCAAGAUCCUUGCCCAGGCACUUGCGGUCAGAAUGCUGACUGUCAGGUCGUAAAUCACCUACCCUCGUGUACCUGCUUCCCUGGUUACGAAGGAGAUCCAUUCAGAUAUUGUAACAUCCAACAGCGAGAACCGGUACAAGAGUACGUCAACCCUUGCCAACCAAGCCCCUGCGGUCCCAAUAGCCAAUGUCGAGAGGUUAAUGGACAAGCAGUCUGCUCGUGUCUACCCACUUAUGUCGGCUCUCCUCCAGGAUGUCGCCCAGAGUGUGUGGUCAGCUCGGAAUGUGCCUUGGAUAAGGCAUGUGUCAAUCAGAAAUGUGUUGACCCGUGCCCUGGAACAUGUGGAACCAAUGCUAGAUGCAACGUCAAUAAUCACAGUCCCAUAUGCUCAUGUCAAUCAGGAUUCACAGGAGAUCCGUUCACGAGAUGCUAUCCCAUUCCACCUCCAGUGCAAGAUACACCAAUCGUUGUAAGGAACCCAUGCGUUCCCUCUCCGUGCGGUCCAAACUCACAGUGCCGUGAUGCAAACGGCUCUCCUUCGUGUUCAUGCUUGAUCAACUACAUUGGGUCUCCGCCAAAUUGUCGCCCCGAGUGCACAAUAAAUGCGGAAUGUCCGAGCAAUCAAGCAUGCAUGAACGAAAAGUGUCGAGAUCCUUGCCCUGGUUCGUGUGGCAUCAAUGCCAGAUGUAAUGUGAUCAACCAUACUCCCAUUUGUACGUGUGAAGAAGGAUACACUGGAGAUCCUUUCACAAGCUGUAGACCCAUGCCACCGCCACCGCCCGAGCCCGUCAAUGACGAUCCGUGCAAUCCUUCGCCCUGUGGGGCAAAUGCACAAUGCCAGAACGGUAUUUGCACAUGUUUACCAGAGUACCAAGGCGAUCCGUACCGAGGCUGUAGGCCUGAGUGUGUUUUGAACUCGGACUGCCCUCGGGAUAGGGCCUGUAUUCGUAGCAAAUGUGUAGAUCCUUGUCCGGGCACGUGCGGUCAAGAUGCACUGUGCGAAGUGAUCAAUCAUAUUCCGAUGUGCCGUUGUCCGGAUGGAAUGGCAGGAAACGCAUUCGUGCAGUGUCGACCACAACAAGCCCCGACUGUUACCAAUCCCUGUAGUCCAUCGCCUUGCGGUCCUAACAGCCAAUGUCGCGAAAUCAACGGACAAGCCGUGUGUUCCUGUGUCCCAGGAUACAUUGGAAGCCCUCCGACAUGUCGGCCGGAAUGCGUUGUGAGCGCUGAGUGUCCUCAGAAUCAAGCGUGUACCAACCAAAAAUGUAGGGAUCCAUGUGCUGGAACAUGUGGAGUAGGAGCCAGAUGCUCGGUUGUGAAUCAUAAUCCUAUUUGUAGCUGUCCGGAAAGAUACACGGGCGAUCCGUUCGUACGCUGUCAGCCAAUGAUCGAGCCUCCUGUACAAAUGACCCCAAGCCACCCUUGCCAACCUUCUCCUUGCGGACCAAAUGCACAGUGCCGUGCAGUAGGUGAUUCGCCGUCUUGUACAUGUAUAGAAGGCAUGAUCGGUGCUCCACCCAAUUGCCGUCCGGAAUGUAUCAGCAACUCUGAUUGCUCCAACAACUUGGCCUGCAUACGACAAAAGUGUCAAGAUCCUUGUCCAGGCGCCUGUGGAGCCAACGCAGAAUGUAGGGUUGUCAGCCAUACGCCAAUGUGCAUUUGUGCCGUUGGAUAUACUGGUGAUCCUUUCACACAGUGCGUGCCUUUCCAACAAGAUACUCCCAAAGAUCAAACGACCCCUUGCCUACCCAACCCAUGUGGAGCCAACGCUCAAUGCAGGGAACAAAACGGUGCAGGAUCGUGCACAUGUAUUGAGGAUCACUUUGGAAACCCCUACGAAGGAUGUCGUCCAGAAUGUGUGCUCAACUCGGACUGCCCAUCAAACAGGGCUUGUGUUAGGAAUAAAUGUCAAGAUCCUUGCCCAGGCACUUGCGGUCAGAAUGCUGACUGUCAGGUCGUAAAUCACCUACCCUCGUGUACCUGCUUCCCUGGUUACGAAGGAGAUCCAUUCAGAUAUUGUAACAUCCAACAGCGAGAACCGGUACAAGAGUACGUCAACCCUUGCCAACCAAGCCCCUGCGGUCCCAAUAGCCAAUGUCGAGAGGUUAAUGGACAAGCAGUCUGCUCGUGUCUACCCACUUAUGUCGGCUCUCCUCCAGGAUGUCGCCCAGAGUGUGUGGUCAGCUCGGAAUGUGCCUUGGAUAAGGCAUGUGUCAAUCAGAAAUGUGUUGACCCGUGCCCUGGAACAUGUGGAACCAAUGCUAGAUGCAACGUCAAUAAUCACAGUCCCAUAUGCUCAUGUCAAUCAGGAUUCAGAGGAGAUCCGUUCACGAGAUGCUAUCCCAUUCCACCUCCAGUGCAAGAUACACCAAUCGUUGUAAGGAACCCAUGCGUUCCCUCUCCGUGCGGUCCAAACUCACAGUGCCGUGAUGCAAACGGCUCUCCUUCGUGUUCAUGCUUGAUCAACUACAUUGGGUCUCCGCCAAAUUGUCGCCCCGAGUGCACAAUAAAUGCGGAAUGUCCGAGCAAUCAAGCAUGCAUGAACGAAAAGUGUCGAGAUCCUUGCCCUGGUUCGUGUGGCAUCAAUGCCAGAUGUAAUGUGAUCAACCAUACUCCCAUUUGUACGUGUGAAGAAGGAUACACUGGAGAUCCUUUCACAAGCUGUAGACCCAUGCCACCGCCACCGCCCGCGCCCGUCAAUGACGAUCCGUGCAAUCCUUCGCCCUGUGGGGCAAAUGCACAAUGCCAGAACGGUAUUUGCACAUGUUUGCCAGAGUACCAAGGCGAUCCGUACCGAGGCUGCAGGCCUGAGUGUGUUUUGAACUCGGACUGCCCUCGGGAUAGGGCCUGUAUUCGUAGCAAAUGUGUAGAUCCUUGUCCGGGCACGUGCGGUCAAGAUGCACUGUGCGAAGUGAUCAAUCAUAUUCCGAUGUGCCGUUGUCCGGAUGGAAUGGCAGGAAACGCAUUCGUGCAGUGUCGACCACAACAAGCUCCGACUGUUACCAAUCCCUGUAGUCCAUCGCCUUGCGGUCCUAACAGCCAAUGUCGCGAAAUCAACGGACAAGCCGUGUGUUCCUGUGUCCCAGGAUACAUUGGAAGCCCUCCGACAUGUCGGCCGGAAUGCGUUGUGAGCGCUGAGUGUCCUCAGAAUCAAGCGUGUACCAACCAAAAAUGUAGGGAUCCAUGUGCUGGAACAUGUGGAGUAGGAGCCAGAUGCUCGGUUGUGAAUCAUAAUCCUAUUUGUAGCUGUCCGGAAAGAUACACGGGCGAUCCGUUCGUACGCUGUCAGCCAAUGAUCGAGCCUCCUGUACAAAUGACCCCAAGCCACCCUUGCCAACCUUCUCCUUGCGGACCAAAUGCACAGUGCCGUGCAGUAGGUGAUUCGCCGUCUUGUACAUGUAUAGAAGGCAUGAUCGGUGCUCCACCCAAUUGCCGUCCGGAAUGUAUCAGCAACUCUGAUUGCUCCAACAACUUGGCCUGCAUACGACAAAAGUGUCAAGAUCCUUGUCCAGGCGCCUGUGGAGCCAACGCAGAAUGUAGGGUUGUCAGCCAUACGCCAAUGUGCAUUUGUGCCGUUGGAUAUACUGGUGAUCCUUUCACACAGUGCGUGCCUUUCCAACAAGAUACUCCCAAAGAUCAAACGACCCCUUGCCUACCCAACCCAUGUGGAGCCAACGCUCAAUGCAGGGAACAAAACGGUGCAGGAUCGUGCACAUGUAUUGAGGAUCACUUUGGAAACCCCUACGAAGGAUGUCGUCCAGAAUGUGUGCUCAACUCGGACUGCCCAUCAAACAGGGCUUGUGUUAGGAAUAAAUGUCAAGAUCCUUGCCCAGGCACUUGCGGUCAGAAUGCUGACUGUCAGGUCGUAAAUCACCUACCCUCGUGUACCUGCUUCCCUGGUUACGAAGGAGAUCCAUUCAGAUAUUGUAACAUCCAACAGCGAGAACCGGUACAAGAGUACGUCAACCCUUGCCAACCAAGCCCCUGCGGUCCCAACAGCCAAUGUCGAGAGGUUAAUGGACAGGCAGUCUGCUCGUGUCUACCCACUUAUGUCGGCUCUCCUCCAGGAUGUCGCCCAGAGUGUGUGGUCAGCUCGGAAUGUGCCUUGGAUAAGGCAUGUGUCAAUCAGAAAUGUGUUGACCCGUGCCCUGGAACAUGUGGAACCAAUGCUAGAUGCAAUGUCAAUAAUCAUAGUCCUAUUUGCUCAUGUCAAUCAGGAUUCACAGGAGAUCCGUUCACGAGAUGCUAUCCCAUUCCACCUCCAGUGCAAGAUACACCAAUCGUUGUAAGGAACCCAUGCGUUCCCUCUCCGUGCGGUCCAAACUCACAGUGCCGUGAUGCAAACGGCGCUCCUUCGUGUUCAUGCUUGAUCAACUACAUUGGGUCUCCGCCAAAUUGUCGCCCCGAGUGCACAAUAAAUGCGGAAUGUCCGAGCAAUCAAGCAUGCAUGAACGAAAAGUGUCGAGAUCCUUGCCCUGGUUCGUGUGGCAUCAAUACCAGAUGUAAUGUGAUCAACCAUACUCCCAUUUGUACGUGUGAAGAAGGAUACACUGGAGAUCCUUUCACAAGCUGUAGACCCAUGCCACCGCCACCGCCCGAGCCCGUCAAUGACGAUCCGUGCAAUCCUUCGCCCUGUGGGGCAAAUGCACAAUGCCAGAACGGUAUUUGCACAUGUUUGCCAGAGUACCAAGGCGAUCCGUACCGAGGCUGCAGGCCUGAGUGUGUUUUGAACUCGGACUGCCCUCGGGAUAGGGCCUGUAUUCGUAGCAAAUGUGUAGAUCCUUGUCCGGGCACGUGCGGUCAAGAUGCACUGUGCGAAGUGAUCAAUCAUAUUCCGAUGUGCCGUUGUCCGGAUGGAAUGGCAGGAAACGCAUUCGUGCAGUGUCGACCACAACAAGCCCCGACUGUUACCAAUCCCUGUAGUCCAUCGCCUUGCGGUCCUAACAGCCAAUGUCGCGAAAUCAACGGACAAGCCGUGUGUUCCUGUGUCCCAGGAUAUAUUGGAAGCCCUCCGACAUGUCGGCCGGAAUGCGUUGUGAGCGCUGAGUGUCCUCAGAAUCAAGCGUGUACCAACCAAAAAUGUAGGGAUCCAUGUGCUGGAACAUGUGGAGUAGGAGCCAGAUGCUCGGUUGUGAAUCAUAAUCCUAUUUGUAGCUGUCCGGAAAGAUACACGGGCGAUCCGUUCGUACGCUGUCAGCCAAUGAUCGAGCCUCCUGUACAAAUGACCCCAAGCCACCCUUGCCAACCUUCUCCUUGCGGACCAAAUGCACAGUGCCGUGCAGUAGGUGAUUCGCCGUCUUGUACAUGUAUAGAAGGCAUGAUCGGUGCUCCACCCAAUUGCCGUCCGGAAUGUAUCAGCAACUCUGAUUGCUCAAACAACUUGGCCUGCAUACGACAAAAGUGUCAAGAUCCUUGUCCAGGCGCCUGUGGAGCCAACGCAGAAUGUAGGGUUGUCAGCCAUACGCCAAUGUGCAUUUGUGCCGUUGGAUAUACUGGUGAUCCUUUCACACAGUGCGUGCCUUUCCAACAAGAUACUCCCAAAGAUCAAACGACCCCUUGCCUACCCAACCCAUGUGGAGCCAACGCUCAAUGCAGGGAACAAAACGGUGCAGGAUCGUGCACAUGUAUUGAGGAUCACUUUGGAAACCCCUACGAAGGAUGUCGUCCAGAAUGUGUGCUCAACUCGGACUGCCCAUCAAACAGGGCUUGUGUUAGGAAUAAAUGUCAAGAUCCUUGCCCAGGCACUUGCGGUCAGAAUGCUGACUGUCAGGUCGUAAAUCACCUACCCUCGUGUACCUGCUUCCCUGGUUACGAAGGAGAUCCAUUCAGAUAUUGUAACAUCCAACAGCGAGAACCGGUACAAGAGUACGUCAACCCUUGCCAACCAAGCCCCUGCGGUCCCAACAGCCAAUGUCGAGAGGUUAAUGGACAGGCAGUCUGCUCGUGUCUACCCACUUAUGUCGGCUCUCCUCCAGGAUGUCGCCCAGAGUGUGUGGUCAGCUCGGAAUGUGCCUUGGAUAAGGCAUGUGUCAAUCAGAAAUGUGUUGACCCGUGCCCUGGAACAUGUGGAACCAAUGCUAGAUGCAACGUCAAUAAUCACAGUCCCAUAUGCUCAUGUCAAUCAGGAUUCACAGGAGAUCCGUUCACGAGAUGCUAUCCCAUUCCACCUCCAGUGCAAGAUACACCAAUCGUUGUAAGGAACCCAUGCGUUCCCUCUCCGUGCGGUCCAAACUCACAGUGCCGUGAUGCAAACGGCGCUCCUUCGUGUUCAUGCUUGAUCAACUACAUUGGGUCUCCGCCAAAUUGUCGCCCCGAGUGCACAAUAAAUGCGGAAUGUCCGAGCAAUCAAGCAUGCAUGAACGAAAAGUGUCGAGAUCCUUGCCCUGGUUCGUGUGGCAUCAAUACCAGAUGUAAUGUGAUCAACCAUACUCCCAUUUGUACGUGUGAAGAAGGAUACACUGGAGAUCCUUUCACAAGCUGUAGACCCAUGCCACCGCCACCGCCCGAGCCCGUCAAUGACGAUCCGUGCAAUCCUUCGCCCUGUGGGGCAAAUGCACAAUGCCAGAACGGUAUUUGCACAUGUUUGCCAGAGUACCAAGGCGAUCCGUACCGAGGCUGUAGGCCUGAGUGUGUUUUGAACUCGGACUGCCCUCGGGAUAGGGCCUGUAUUCGUAACAAAUGUGUAGAUCCUUGUCCGGGCACGUGCGGUCAAGAUGCACUGUGCGAAGUGAUCAAUCAUAUUCCGAUGUGCCGUUGUCCGGAUGGAAUGGCAGGAAACGCAUUCGUGCAGUGUCGACCACAACAAGCUCCGACUGUUACCAAUCCCUGUAGUCCAUCGCCUUGCGGUCCUAACAGCCAAUGUCGCGAAAUCAACGGACAAGCCGUGUGUUCCUGUGUCCCAGGAUACAUUGGAAGCCCUCCGACAUGUCGGCCGGAAUGCGUUGUGAGCGCUGAGUGUCCUCAGAAUCAAGCGUGUACCAACCAAAAAUGUAGGGAUCCAUGUGCUGGAACAUGUGGAGUAGGAGCCAGAUGCUCGGUUGUGAAUCAUAAUCCUAUUUGUAGCUGUCCGGAAAGAUACACGGGCGAUCCGUUCGUACGCUGUCAGCCAAUGAGUAUGUUUUUCGAGCCUCCUGUACAAAUGACCCCAAGCCACCCUUGCCAACCUUCUCCUUGCGGACCAAAUGCACAGUGCCGUGCAGUAGGUGAUUCGCCGUCUUGUACAUGUAUAGAAGGCAUGAUCGGUGCUCCACCCAAUUGCCGUCCGGAAUGUAUCAGCAACUCUGAUUGCUCAAACAACUUGGCCUGCAUACGACAAAAGUGUCAAGAUCCUUGUCCAGGCGCCUGUGGAGCCAACGCAGAAUGUAGGGUUGUCAGCCAUACGCCAAUGUGCAUUUGUGCCGUUGGAUAUACUGGUGAUCCUUUCACACAGUGCGUGCCUUUCCAACAAGAUACUCCCAAAGAUCAAACGACGCCUUGCCUACCCAACCCAUGUGGAGCCAACGCUCAAUGCAGGGAACAAAACGGUGCAGGAUCGUGCACAUGUAUUGAAGAUCACUUUGGAAACCCCUACGAAGGAUGUCGUCCAGAAUGUGUGCUCAACUCGGACUGCCCAUCAAACAGGGCUUGUGUUAGGAAUAAAUGUCAAGAUCCUUGCCCAGGCACUUGCGGUCAGAAUGCUGACUGUCAGGUCGUAAAUCACCUACCCUCGUGUACCUGCUUCCAUGGUUACGAAGGAGAUCCAUUCAGAUAUUGUAACAUCCAACAGCGAGAACCGGUACAAGAGUACGUCAACCCUUGCCAACCAAGCCCCUGCGGUCCCAACAGCCAAUGUCGAGAGGUUAAUGGACAGGCAGUCUGCUCGUGCUUACCCACUUAUGUCGGCUCUCCUCCGGGAUGUCGCCCAGAGUGUGUGGUCAGCUCGGAAUGUGCCUUGGAUAAGGCAUGUGUCAAUCAGAAAUGUGUUGACCCGUGCCCUGGAACAUGUGGAACUAAUGCUAGGUGCAAUGUCAAUAAUCACAGUCCCAUUUGCUCAUGUCAAUCAGGAUUCACAGGAGAUCCGUUCACGAGAUGCUAUCCCAUUCCACCUCCAGUUCAAGAUACACCAAUCGUUGUAAGGAACCCAUGCGUUCCCUCUCCGUGCGGUCCAAACUCACAGUGCCGUGAUGCAAACGGCGCUCCUUCGUGUUCAUGCUUGAUCAACUACAUUGGGUCUCCGCCAAAUUGUCGCCCCGAGUGCACAAUAAAUGCGGAAUGUCCGAGCAAUCAAGCAUGCAUGAACGAAAAGUGUCGAGAUCCUUGCCCUGGUUCGUGUGGCAUCAAUGCCAGAUGUAAUGUGAUCAACCAUACUCCCAUUUGUACGUGUGAAGAAGGAUACACUGGAGAUCCUUUCACAAGCUGUAGACCCAUGCCACCGCCACCGCCCGAGCCCGUCAAUGACGAUCCGUGCAAUCCUUCGCCCUGUGGGGCAAAUGCACAAUGCCAGAACGGUAUUUGCACAUGUUUGCCAGAGUACCAAGGCGAUCCGUACCGAGGCUGUAGGCCUGAGUGUGUUUUGAACUCGGACUGCCCUCGGGAUAGGGCCUGUAUUCGUAACAAAUGUGUAGAUCCUUGUCCGGGCACGUGCGGUCAAGAUGCACUGUGCGAAGUGAUCAAUCAUAUUCCGAUGUGCCGUUGUCCGGAUGGAAUGGCAGGAAACGCAUUCGUGCAGUGUCGACCACAACAAGCUCCGACUGUUACCAAUCCCUGUAGUCCAUCGCCUUGCGGUCCUAACAGCCAAUGUCGCGAAAUCAACGGACAAGCCGUGUGUUCCUGUGUCCCAGGAUACAUUGGAAGCCCUCCGACAUGUCGGCCGGAAUGCGUUGUGAGCGCUGAGUGUCCUCAGAAUCAAGCGUGUACCAACCAAAAAUGUAGGGAUCCAUGUGCUGGAACAUGUGGAGUAGGAGCCAGAUGCUCGGUUGUGAAUCAUAAUCCUAUUUGUAGCUGUCCGGAAAGAUACACGGGCGAUCCGUUCGUACGCUGUCAGCCAAUGAUCGAGCCUCCUGUACAAAUGACCCCAAGCCACCCUUGCCAACCUUCUCCUUGCGGACCAAAUGCACAGUGCCGUGCAGUAGGUGAUUCGCCGUCUUGUACAUGUAUAGAAGGCAUGAUCGGUGCUCCACCCAAUUGCCGUCCGGAAUGUAUCAGCAACUCUGAUUGCUCCAACAACUUGGCCUGCAUACGACAAAAGUGUCAAGAUCCUUGUCCAGGCGCCUGUGGAGCCAACGCAGAAUGUAGGGUUGUCAGCCAUACGCCAAUGUGCAUUUGUGCCGUUGGAUAUACUGGUGAUCCUUUCACACAGUGCGUGCCUUUCCAACAAGAUACUCCCAAAGAUCAAACGACCCCUUGCCUACCCAACCCAUGUGGAGCCAACGCUCAAUGCAGGGAACAAAACGGUGCAGGAUCGUGCACAUGUAUUGAGGAUCACUUUGGAAACCCCUACGAAGGAUGUCGUCCAGAAUGUGUGCUCAACUCGGACUGCCCAUCAAACAGGGCUUGUGUUAGGAAUAAAUGUCAAGAUCCUUGCCCAGGCACUUGCGGUCAGAAUGCUGACUGUCAGGUCGUAAAUCACCUACCCUCGUGUACCUGCUUCCCUGGUUACGAAGGAGAUCCAUUCAGAUAUUGUAACAUCCAACAGCGAGAACCGGUACAAGAGUACGUCAACCCUUGCCAACCAAGCCCCUGCGGUCCCAACAGCCAAUGUCGAGAGGUUAAUGGACAGGCAGUCUGCUCGUGUCUACCCACUUAUGUCGGCUCUCCUCCAGGAUGUCGCCCAGAGUGUGUGGUCAGCUCGGAAUGUGCCUUGGAUAAGGCAUGUGUCAAUCAGAAAUGUGUUGACCCGUGCCCUGGAACAUGUGGAACCAAUGCUAGAUGCAACGUCAAUAAUCACAGUCCCAUAUGCUCAUGUCAAUCAGGAUUCACAGGAGAUCCGUUCACGAGAUGCUAUCCCAUUCCACCUCCAGUGCAAGAUACACCAAUCGUUGUAAGGAACCCAUGCGUUCCCUCUCCGUGCGGUCCAAACUCACAGUGCCGUGAUGCAAACGGCGCUCCUUCGUGUUCAUGCUUGAUCAACUACAUUGGGUCUCCGCCAAAUUGUCGCCCCGAGUGCACAAUAAAUGCGGAAUGUCCGAGCAAUCAAGCAUGCAUGAACGAAAAGUGUCGAGAUCCUUGCCCUGGUUCGUGUGGCAUCAAUGCCAGAUGUAAUGUGAUCAACCAUACUCCCAUUUGUACGUGUGAAGAAGGAUACACUGGAGAUCCUUUCACAAGCUGUAGACCCAUGCCACCGCCACCGCCCGAGCCCGUCAAUGACGAUCCGUGCAAUCCUUCGCCCUGUGGGGCAAAUGCACAAUGCCAGAACGGUAUUUGCACAUGUUUGCCAGAGUACCAAGGCGAUCCGUACCGAGGCUGUAGGCCUGAGUGUGUUUUGAACUCGGACUGCCCUCGGGAUAGGGCCUGUAUUCGUAACAAAUGUGUAGAUCCUUGUCCGGGCACGUGCGGUCAAGAUGCACUGUGCGAAGUGAUCAAUCAUAUUCCGAUGUGCCGUUGUCCGGAUGGAAUGGCAGGAAACGCAUUCGUGCAGUGUCGACCACAACAAGCUCCGACUGUUACCAAUCCCUGUAGUCCAUCGCCUUGCGGUCCUAACAGCCAAUGUCGCGAAAUCAACGGACAAGCCGUGUGUUCCUGUGUCCCAGGAUACAUUGGAAGCCCUCCGACAUGUCGGCCGGAAUGCGUUGUGAGCGCUGAGUGUCCUCAGAAUCAAGCGUGUACCAACCAAAAAUGUAGGGAUCCAUGUGCUGGAACAUGUGGAGUAGGAGCCAGAUGCUCGGUUGUGAAUCAUAAUCCUAUUUGUAGCUGUCCGGAAAGAUACACGGGCGAUCCGUUCGUACGCUGUCAGCCAAUGAUCGAGCCUCCUGUACAAAUGACCCCAAGCCACCCUUGCCAACCUUCUCCUUGCGGACCAAAUGCACAGUGCCGUGCAGUAGGUGAUUCGCCGUCUUGUACAUGUAUAGAAGGCAUGAUCGGUGCUCCACCCAAUUGCCGUCCGGAAUGUAUCAGCAACUCUGAUUGCUCCAACAACUUGGCCUGCAUACGACAAAAGUGUCAAGAUCCUUGUCCAGGCGCCUGUGGAGCCAACGCAGAAUGUAGGGUUGUCAGCCAUACGCCAAUGUGCAUUUGUGCCGUUGGAUAUACUGGUGAUCCUUUCACACAGUGCGUGCCUUUCCAACAAGAUACUCCCAAAGAUCAAACGACCCCUUGCCUACCCAACCCAUGUGGAGCCAACGCUCAAUGCAGGGAACAAAACGGUGCAGGAUCGUGCACAUGUAUUGAGGAUCACUUUGGAAACCCCUACGAAGGAUGUCGUCCAGAAUGUGUGCUCAACUCGGACUGCCCAUCAAACAGGGCUUGUGUUAGGAAUAAAUGUCAAGAUCCUUGCCCAGGCACUUGCGGUCAGAAUGCUGACUGUCAGGUCGUAAAUCACCUACCCUCGUGUACCUGCUUCCUUGGUUACGAAGGAGAUCCAUUCAGAUAUUGUAACAUCCAACAGCGAGAACCGGUACAAGAGUACGUCAACCCUUGCCAACCAAGCCCCUGCGGUCCCAACAGCCAAUGUCGAGAGGUUAAUGGACAGGCAGUCUGCUCGUGUCUACCCACUUAUGUCGGCUCUCCUCCAGGAUGUCGCCCAGAGUGUGUGGUCAGCUCGGAAUGUGCCUUGGAUAAGGCAUGUGUCAAUCAGAAAUGUGUUGACCCGUGCCCUGGAACAUGUGGAACCAAUGCUAGAUGCAACGUCAAUAAUCACAGUCCCAUAUGCUCAUGUCAAUCAGGAUUCACAGGAGAUCCGUUCACGAGAUGCUAUCCCAUUCCACCUCCAGUGCAAGAUACACCAAUCGUUGUAAGGAACCCAUGCGUUCCCUCUCCGUGCGGUCCAAACUCACAGUGCCGUGAUGCAAACGGCGCUCCUUCGUGUUCAUGCUUGAUCAACUACAUUGGGUCUCCGCCAAAUUGUCGCCCCGAGUGCACAAUAAAUGCGGAAUGUCCGAGCAAUCAAGCAUGCAUGAACGAAAAGUGUCGAGAUCCUUGCCCUGGUUCGUGUGGCAUCAAUGCCAGAUGUAAUGUGAUCAACCAUACUCCCAUUUGUACGUGUGAAGAAGGAUACACUGGAGAUCCUUUCACAAGCUGUAGACCCAUGCCACCGCCACCGCCCGAGCCCGUCAAUGACGAUCCGUGCAAUCCUUCGCCCUGUGGGGCAAAUGCACAAUGCCAGAACGGUAUUUGCACAUGUUUGCCAGAGUACCAAGGCGAUCCGUACCGAGGCUGUAGGCCUGAGUGUGUUUUGAACUCGGACUGCCCUCGGGAUAGGGCCUGUAUUCGUAACAAAUGUGUAGAUCCUUGUCCGGGCACGUGCGGUCAAGAUGCACUGUGCGAAGUGAUCAAUCAUAUUCCGAUGUGCCGUUGUCCGGAUGGAAUGGCAGGAAACGCAUUCGUGCAGUGUCGACCACAACAAGCUCCGACUGUUACCAAUCCCUGUAGUCCAUCGCCUUGCGGUCCUAACAGUCAAUGUCGCGAGAUCAACGGACAAGCCGUGUGUUCCUGUGUCCCAGGAUACAUUGGAAGCCCUCCGACAUGUCGGCCGGAAUGCGUUGUGAGCGCUGAGUGUCCUCAGAAUCAAGCGUGUACCAACCAAAAAUGUAGGGAUCCAUGUGCUGGAACAUGUGGAGUAGGAGCCAGAUGCUCGGUUGUGAAUCAUAAUCCUAUUUGUAGCUGUCCGGAAAGAUACACGGGCGAUCCGUUCGUACGCUGUCAGCCAAUGAUCGAGCCUCCUGUACAAAUGACCCCAAGCCACCCUUGCCAACCUUCUCCUUGCGGACCAAAUGCACAGUGCCGUGCAGUAGGUGAUUCGCCGUCUUGUACAUGUAUAGAAGGCAUGAUCGGUGCUCCACCCAAUUGCCGUCCGGAAUGUAUCAGCAACUCUGAUUGCUCCAACAACUUGGCCUGCAUACGACAAAAGUGUCAAGAUCCUUGUCCAGGCGCCUGUGGAGCCAACGCAGAAUGUAGGGUUGUCAGCCAUACGCCAAUGUGCAUUUGUGCCGUUGGAUAUACUGGUGAUCCUUUCACACAGUGCGUGCCUUUCCAACAAGAUACUCCCAAAGAUCAAACGACCCCUUGCCUACCCAACCCAUGUGGAGCCAACGCUCAAUGCAGGGAACAAAACGGUGCAGGAUCGUGCACAUGUAUUGAAGAUCACUUUGGAAACCCCUACGAAGGAUGUCGUCCAGAAUGUGUGCUCAACUCGGACUGCCCAUCAAACAGGGCUUGUGUUAGGAAUAAAUGUCAAGAUCCUUGCCCAGGCACUUGCGGUCAGAAUGCUGACUGUCAGGUCGUAAAUCACCUACCCUCGUGUACCUGCUUCCCUGGUUACGAAGGAGAUCCAUUCAGAUAUUGUAACAUCCAACAGCGAGAACCGGUACAAGAGUACGUCAACCCUUGCCAACCAAGCCCCUGCGGUCCCAACAGCCAAUGUCGAGAGGUUAAUGGACAGGCAGUCUGCUCGUGUCUACCCACUUAUGUCGGCUCUCCUCCAGGAUGUCGCCCAGAGUGUGUGGUCAGCUCGGAAUGUGCCUUGGAUAAGGCAUGUGUCAAUCAGAAAUGUGUUGACCCGUGCCCUGGAACAUGUGGAACCAAUGCUAGAUGCAACGUCAAUAAUCACAGUCCCAUAUGCUCAUGUCAAUCAGGAUUCACAGGAGAUCCGUUCACGAGAUGCUAUCCCAUUCCACCUCCAGUGCAAGAUACACCAAUCGUUGUAAGGAACCCAUGCGUUCCCUCUCCGUGCGGUCCAAACUCACAGUGCCGUGAUGCAAACGGCGCUCCUUCGUGUUCAUGCUUGAUCAACUACAUUGGGUCUCCGCCAAAUUGUCGCCCCGAGUGCACAAUAAAUGCGGAAUGUCCGAGCAAUCAAGCAUGCAUGAACGAAAAGUGUCGAGAUCCUUGCCCUGGUUCGUGUGGCAUCAAUGCCAGAUGUAAUGUGAUCAACCAUACUCCCAUUUGUACGUGUGAAGAAGGAUACACUGGAGAUCCUUUCACAAGCUGUAGACCCAUGCCACCGCCACCGCCCGAGCCCGUCAAUGACGAUCCGUGCAAUCCUUCGCCCUGUGGGGCAAAUGCACAAUGCCAGAACGGUAUUUGCACAUGUUUGCCAGAGUACCAAGGCGAUCCGUACCGAGGCUGUAGGCCUGAGUGUGUUUUGAACUCGGACUGCCCUCGGGAUAGGGCCUGUAUUCGUAACAAAUGUGUAGAUCCUUGUCCGGGCACGUGCGGUCAAGAUGCACUGUGCGAAGUGAUCAAUCAUAUUCCGAUGUGCCGUUGUCCGGAUGGAAUGGCAGGAAACGCAUUCGUUCAGUGUCGACCACAACAAGCUCCGACUAUUACCAAUCCCUGCAGUCCAUCGCCUUGCGGUCCUAACAGCCAAUGUCGCGAAAUCAACGGACAAGCCGUGUGUUCCUGUGUCCCAGGAUACAUUGGAAGCCCUCCGAUGUGUCGGCCAGAAUGCUCUGGAAAUUCGGAUUGUAUGCUUUCACAAGCUUGUAUUAAUUUCAAGUGUUCCGAUCCUUGCCCUGGCAGCUGUGGAUACUCGGCACGCUGUACAACAGUUAACCACAAUCCUAUCUGCACCUGUCCUCCCAAGAUGACCGGCGAUCCGUUUUCAAGAUGCUAUGAAAUUGCGGAAAAAUCACCACCACUUAAUGCACCUGCCAAUCCUUGCAUUCCGUCUCCAUGUGGGCCAAAUGCACUUUGUGCUGAUGGAAAUGGUGUACCGUCCUGUAGUUGUCUGCCCGAAAUGAUAGGUUCACCGCCAAAUUGUCGACCAGAGUGCAUCAGCAAUUCAGAUUGUUCUCGUGUACAGGCAUGCUCAAGACAAAAAUGUGUCGAUCCUUGCCUGAACGCAUGCGGAACAGAUGCCAGAUGUCAUGUUUCAUUGCAUGUAGCUAACUGUUUCUGUCCUGACGGUUACGAAGGAGAUCCAUUCCGCGCUUGUACCAUGAUGAUAACUACACCACCACCACUGGCUGAACCGAGAGACCCUUGUCAUCCAUCGCCAUGUGGUAUCAAUGCACGGUGUCGUCCAGCGAACGGUGGAACUGCAGUAUGUGAAUGUAUUGAGAACUACUUCGGAAAUCCGUACGAAACUUGUCGUCCUGAGUGCGUCAGCAAUGGAGAUUGUCAAAAGUCUUUGGCAUGCAUUAACAACCGCUGCAAGGAUCCCUGUCCUGGGGUAUGUGGACGAAAUGCUGAUUGUUCCGUGGUUAAUCACACGCCCGUCUGCUCAUGCCCUGACGGCAUGAAAGGCAACGCCUUUGAACAAUGUUUGCGUGAAGAAGCUCCUCCACCACCAUCUGACCCUUGCUAUCCCUCGCCUUGCGGACAAAAUACUGUUUGCCGCGUCUUGAACGGUAAUGCGGUGUGCGAAUGUUUGCCCGAAUUUAAGGGAAGCCCAUUCGGUAGGGGCUGUUACCCGGAAUGUGUAAUCAACAGCGAUUGUCCAAGGGAUAGAACGUGCGUCAACAAGAAAUGCGUCGAUCCUUGCCCAGGCGUUUGCGGUUAUAGAGCAGAGUGUCACGCCAUCAACAACAGUCCGGUAUGCUCGUGCCCGAGAGACAUGAUCGGUGAUCCGUUUGUCGAGUGCAAAGCUGCUCCACCGAAGGAUCCGUGCAAUCCGACGCCUUGUCGAACCAACGGAAUAUGUCGCGUGGUUGGCGAUCGCGCCGAAUGCCAAUAUCCGGAGUGCAUUAUUAACUCUGAUUGUUCAACAAAUCGAGCAUGUUACAAUCAAAGGUGUCAGGACCCUUGUGUCGGUGCUUGCGGUAUCAAUGCGCUAUGCAGUGUGAUCAAUCAUUCACCCGUGUGUUCGUGCCCCGCACGUCACGCAGGUUCACCGUUUGUCCAGUGCAUGCCACAGCGUGACGAACCAUUGCAGCCGCAACCCGAAUGCAACGCCGACAAUCAGUGUACAAACGAUAAGGCAUGUAUUAAUGAGCAAUGCCAGAAUCCAUGUACGAUAGGAGCGGGACUUUGCACACAGAAUGCUGAAUGCCGCGUACAAUUCCAUCGUGCCAUCUGUGCUUGCCGAGAAGGGUACACGGGUAACGCACAGCUAGCGUGCUACGAGAUCGGAUGUCGCAGUGAUAGCGACUGUCCAGCGACUGAGGCCUGCGUCAAUAAGAACUGUAUCGAUCCAUGUCGACAUACGCAGUGCGGUCGCAAUGCAUAUUGCAAGUCAGAUUAUAAUCAUAACGCACGUUGUCACUGUGCUGAUGGAUAUCGUGGAAAUCCGUUGGUGGGUUGUACGCGUCCAGAGUGCACUAGCAAUGACGAAUGCCCGUACCACCAGUCGUGCCAGAACGAGCAAUGCCGGGACCCGUGCAACUGUGCACCAAACGCACAAUGCAGGGUAGACAAUCAUCAGGCCAACUGCCGAUGCCCACCGGGCUACACGGGAGAUCCACAAUUUUCGUGCGAAAAAAUUCCUGUACGUGACCCGGCACAAUGUACGAUGGAUGCGGAUUGUUCAAGCAAACUUGCCUGCUUCGAAGGUGUAUGUAAAAAUCCAUGCACAGAAACGAAGCCUUGUGCAGAGCAUGCGAUAUGCACGGUGCAAGACACACUACCACUUCGAACAAUGUACUGCGUGUGCGAGGAAGGAUAUGCUGGCGAUGCUGAAAGACAGUGCCUGCCAGUAUCUAAAGACGAGCCGGGAUGCUAUAGCGAUGUUGAGUGUGCACCAUCCGAAUCUUGUCGAGCGCGGGUUUGUGUGGACGUUUGUAAUAGCUACAAUCCAUGUGCACCUACUGCCGAAUGCUUGGCACAAAGUCACAAAGCCAUCUGCUCCUGCCCCAUUGGGACGGUGGGUGAUCCAUUCCAGAACUGCUACAAGCCACCAGUCGUGUCACCUGAGUGUGUCGUUGAUGCUGAUUGCGCGUCCAGCAUGGCUUGCGUCAAUGAACGAUGCCAGGAUCCGUGCGCGGGAAGCAAUCCGUGCGGUGGGAAUGCUGAAUGUCGUGCAAUUUACCAUCGACCUCACUGUACGUGUCCGAUUGGCUGGGGUGGAGACCCAAAAACGCAAUGCUAUAAACCGGAAUGUAAGAUCGAUGCUGAAUGCCCAUUCGAUAAGGCAUGCUUCAAUGAGAAGUGCAUCAGUCCGUGUACCUACGGUGCAACGCAGUGUGGGCGAGGUGCCAAUUGUGUGGCGCAAAGCCACCGAGCCGUGUGCAUCUGUCCACCAGGCACGCAAGGAAACCCGUUCGUAUCGUGCGUUACCGGAAUGUGCCAAUACAACGAAGAUUGUGCUGAGCAUGAGGCUUGCGAUAGAUUAAACCGCGUCUGCCGUCCAGUAUGUGAAGAUGAAACAUGCGCUCGUACGGCGACCUGUGUGGCAAAGAACCAUCAAGCAAGCUGCGAAUGUGCUCCAGGCAUGCGCGGAAAUCCGUACGUCGAGUGUAUGCGCGAUGAACCAGAACCGGAAUGUCGCAUGGACAGUGAAUGUCGUUCGCAGCAAGCCUGCAUACGUAACCGGUGUGUCAAUCCUUGUACGGAGCUUACACCUUGCACAAACCAGCAGAUUUGCAACGUGAUCGACACGCUCCCCCUGCGCACAAUCAUCUGUGCCUGUCAGACGGACAUGUUGAUGGAUCGAUCUGGAAGUUGUAAACCGAUUGUGAUCGACGAAUGCCGUUUGGACGAUGACUGUGCUGAUGCAGAUCGUUGCCAGCGAGGGCAAUGUAUCACAGCUUGUAAAGCUGAUCCAUGCGGUAUAAACGCACAGUGCACGUCCGCCAGUCAUCGGGCGAAGUGUACCUGCUCUCCAGGAUAUGUCGGUAACGCUCAUAUCGAAUGCUUGCCAGAACCUCGAGUAACAUCACCUAAAGAAUGUGUCACGGACGAUGAUUGUUCCGAUGAUCGUUCGUGCUUCAACGAUCGGUGCGUUAAUCCGUGCGUUAAUGACGCUUGCGGGCGUGGUGCGCUGUGUCGCGCUAACAACCAUAAAGCGGUGUGCAACUGUCCGGCUGGAUAUACGAUGGAUGGCAAUGGAAACUGUGUACCACCUGCUGGAGAUCUUCCAAGGUGUCGAUCGAAUUCGGAUUGCACAAGAAGUGAAACGUGCGUUAAUGAAAUCUGCGCCAAUCCUUGCAACUGUGGCCAGAAUGCGGACUGUUUCGUGAAAGAUCAUUACCCGGUAUGUAGCUGUCGUCCAGGAUAUUCCGGUAACGCGCAAACCGGUUGCUUUAAGCUAGAAUGCCAGAGUGACAGUGAUUGCACAAACGACAAACAGUGCACGAACGGUGCUUGCGUCGAUCCUUGUCUGUAUCAGAAUCCUUGCGCACUCAAUGCGGAAUGUUAUGGCGAUCGGCAUCGUGCCGCGUGCCGUUGUUUGCCGGGACUGGAAGGUGAUCCUUUCGAGCGUUGCCGUCGCGUAGAAUGUCACUAUGAUGGCGAAUGUGCGCAAACGCUCGCAUGUCAACAAGAGCAGUGCGUGGACCCAUGUGCCAACUCACCGUGCGCUCAGAAUGCACAAUGCUUCGUAAUCAACCAUCUCGCACAGUGUAAGUGUCCUGACCAAAUGCCUGAAGGCAAUCCAUACUCUUUCUGUCGUCCACGGGCAGUGGAACGUGAAGAGUGCCGCAUUGACGGUGACUGUCCCAGCCGUCUGGCUUGCAUUGGAAAUCGUUGUCUAAAUCCGUGCGCUGAAUUGAAGCCUUGUGCCGCUUCAGCACUGUGUACUGUACAAGACUCCGUCCCAGUACGGACGAUGGUAUGCGAAUGUCCGCCUAUGCACGUACCGGAUACUUCUGGUGAAUGUAAACGCAUCGUACUGCAAACUCCAGUUGGUGUUUGCACGACGGAUUCGGAGUGUCCCGAGCAGGAGGCAUGCAUCAACCGUCAGUGCCGUGACCCAUGCAGUUGUGGAACAAAUGCAAUCUGUUCAAUCAAGAAUCACCGUGCGGUGUGCUCGUGUGAAGAUGGUUACGAGGGCAAUCCUAACGUCGCUUGCCGUGCAAUUGGAUGCCGUGUAGAUUCGGAAUGUGAGACCAGCAAGGCGUGUGUCAACGGAAACUGCGUGAACCCUUGUCUCGACCAUAAUCCAUGCGGUAUUGGGGCAGAAUGUUUCGGACGCGCAAAUCGCGCUGAAUGCCGCUGUUUGAGUGGCUACCGGGGCAACCCAUUGGUGCAAUGCAAUGUUGUCGAGUGUCGUAGUAACAACGAUUGUCCAGACGACAAGCAGUGUCGCAACGCACAAUGCGUCAAUCCGUGCAUAUACGAAAACUCAUGCUCGGCGCGAGCGGAAUGUCGUGCACAAAAUCAUUUGGUUGUGUGCCGGUGCCCGGUUGGGCUAGUGGGUAACCCUUACGUGGAUUGCCGACCAGAAAUAGUUCCGGAGUGUCGAUAUGAUACAGACUGUCCAUCACAUCUUGCAUGCAUUGAUAACAAAUGCACGGAACCUUGCAAUGCGCUGACACCCUGUAAUCAGCCGGCACGUUGUGAAGUUGUACCCUCGUCGCCUGUCCGCACUAUGCUGUGUACGUGUCCAGAUGGAUACGUCAGCAGUGGUAGUGGAACUUGCAAACCGGUGGUAAAGGCAGGUUGCAUAUCCGAUUCGGACUGUUCAAGCGAUACAGCUUGCAUCAACAGUAUAUGUCGCGAUCCGUGCAACUGUGGACCAAACGCAGAGUGUCGCGUUAAAGACCACAAACCGGUAUGUUCAUGCGCGCAGGGUUACGAUGGCGAUCCUGAAACACAAUGUAUCAAAAUCGAAUGCCGAUCGGAUAGUGACUGUUCCGGGCAGCACUUGUGCUACAACCGCCAAUGUGUACCGGCAUGCUCGAUGGAAAGCUGCGGUACCCAGGCCGAAUGUAUUGGAGUAAACCACCGUGCCGUAUGCGAAUGUGUGCCAGGCUACGAGGGUAAUCCGAAGGUGGCUUGCAAGCUGAUCGGAUGUCGACGCGAUACAGAUUGCCCACUGGACAAGGCGUGCAUCAACAGCAAGUGCGAAAAUCCGUGCGAAUUGCAAGCAGUGUGCGCACAGAACGAGCAGUGUCAGGUGUACCAACAUCGGCCCGAGUGUGCUUGCCCACCACCGUUCGAAACCGACCCGUUGCAGGGUUGUGUGCUUCGCGACGAUCGAUGCAUGACGGACGGUGAAUGUCCGUCGCAGACUGCCUGCAUACAGGGCGAAUGCGUUAAUCCAUGCAACGUUACGGAACCGUGUGGGGUAAAUUCCAACUGCAAAGUUCUGGACACGUUGCCUGUACGCACUAUGAUAUGUGAGUGUCUUCCUGGAUAUCAGGGCAAUGCAGCUAUACAGUGCGAUAAAAUGGCAUUAUGUCCAACAGAUCGUGGAUUCGUGCGUAACUCGAACGGCGAAUGUGUAUGCCCACCAGGAUACGGACUCUCAUUGUACGACGAUUGUCAGCCGUGUCGAGAAGAGGAUGGUCUCAAGGUAGACGAAACGGGCCGUUGCGUGUGCGCGCUUGAACGGGGUCUGAUCAUCGAUGAGCGUGGUCGCUGUAUUUGUCCAAUCGAGUAUGGCUAUCGCCUGACCAGCCGCGGCGAGUGUGUACGCAGCGAAAAGCCUGAAUGUGAACGGGAUGAACACUGUGCCGAUUGGCGAUACUGCAAUCUUGAAUCCAAGACUUGUGAUGAUCCUUGCCAGAGGAAAGUUUGUGGCACCAAUGCACUGUGUAACGCAACAAACCAUCAAGCCGUGUGCCAGUGCAUUACGGGAUACACUGGAAACCCAGAGGAACACUGCAAUCAAACAACAAACUUCCGAACGGACUUCCCGCAACCAGAAAUGGAAGUAACGUGUCAGGCUGACGGUGUGCAGGUCGUUAUCGAUCUUGCUGAAUCGAAUUUCAACGGUGUGCUGUACGUGAAGGGUCAUAGCAAGGACGAGGAGUGUCGCCGUGUUGUGAACUUAGCCGGUGAUUCGUCGACGGUUCGCACACAAAUAUUCAAGGUACACUUCGGUAGCUGUGGUCUAAUACACGUCAAUGGCAUCGCGAGCUUUGUACUGGUGAUCCAGAAGCAUCCGAAGCUCGUGACUUAUAAGGCACAGGCGUACCACAUCAAGUGUGUAUACCAAACGGGAGAGCAAAACGUAACGCUUGGCUUCAACGUACAAAUGUUGACAACGGCCGGCACGAUCGCUAACACCGGUCCGCCACCUACCUGUGCCAUGCGCAUUGUAGCGUUCAACGGAGAGGAAAUCAAUUCAGCCGAAAUCGGUGACAAUUUGCGAUUGCAAGUUGAAGUACAACCAGCAACUAUCUAUGGUGGAUUUGCUCGCAGUUGUGUCGCUAAAACCAUGGAGGAAAGCGUCGAAAACGAAUAUAUCGUCACGGAUGAAGACGGCUGUGCCACAGAUCCGUCCAUCUUCGGAGAUUGGGAGUAUAAUGCGGAAACGAACAGCCUACUGGCGAGCUUUAACGCAUUCAAAUUCCCAUCGAGCGACAAUAUUCGCUUCCAGUGCAACAUUCGAGUAUGUUUCGGUAAAUGCCAACCGGUCAACUGUCACGGGGCGAAUGCAUACGGCAAGCGACGUCGGCGUCGUGAGGCGUUAGGUAUCGACAUGAUGCGUACAAUCGAGGUGGUGUACAACCGCACUCGGCGUGCCGCAGACGAUACAGCACUGGCCACGGACGAUUCGCUUGGCGUUGAAGGAACACUAAGGGAAGAGAUUACGAUCCAGUCGAAUGCAAUUUUGACACUGGAAAAACGCGAGGAAAGAUCGUUUGACUCAAACAACAUUACACCGGCGGCUCAGCGUGUGGAAGAUAUCUGUGUAUCGAUGAUCGGGCUGAUAUUGGCGUUGGUUAUAACUGCUCUUCUGGCCUUGGUAGCCGUUGCAGUAGCCGUGUCUUGCUGGCUGAUGGCCUAUCGCCGCAGACCAACAAUAACAGGACCAUUGCCGCACCCUCCCGAAUUUCCCAACCCACUAUUUGCGCACCACGAACCGUCGGAACCGUCGCAUCAUGAUUUCAUGGGAUAGUAGUAUUAAUUGCACAUCAGCGUAAACAAAAAGUGCGAAAAACAACGAAACA